AUGAAUAGCGAGGUCGGCCAGGCGGCUCGGCUUGGCAAGCGGCCCAGGUGAGUCACGCCGAGCAGCUUCGCGGCCAGCCAGCCUGCGCGCCCGCCAUCCCUCCCUGGCUGGGGACCCGCGCCCCUGGCCUGGCUGGGGGCGGGAUGGCUGGCCAGCGUCCCCGCAGAAGGGUCCCCGGCGGAAAAAGAGCAGGGGCUCCCCCUUCCCGGGACGGAGGCCCCGAUCCACGCCCCUGGGGCUGCGUGGCACCAAGACUUGCUUGGGUCUUGCUUCGCAGUAAAUCUGACGGUAUCCCCUGCUUUUGUGUUAGGCGAUCCUCUGCAGAUCCCACUCGGCCAUUAACUCGAAUAGGGCUGCUUCCGAGUAAAUGGGCUGAGGUUCCCUUUACGCUUACAGGGUGCUGUCUUCAUUGCUCCCAAACGUUGGUGGCCGGCCGCGAAGGAUGAGGAACCACUUCGUAGAAGCAAGCAAAUCGGUCCAGAAAUUUGUUUCAGGGGCUCUGAGCAAGAAGGGUGGGGCACAGUGGGAGAGAUUUUCCGUGGGUUGGAUCUAGACUUUGUUAAUUGAACUUCGUUCCCGUUGAAGUCAGUGGGGCGUGGGUCCAGUUAUGGGCAACUUUGCCCAUCGGUAGCAGUGGGACACCGGUCGAACGCACGUCGCCUAGGUUCACCCUCCUUUCUAUUUGUCGAGCGAUCCUAUAUUCCGCUAUGUUCUGUGGUGUUUGUUGCCGGUUUAGUGCACGGGAUCGCUGCUUAAACCGAGACCGAGGCUUCUCAGCCUGUCCUCUAUUCGAAAUAAUGUUAAGUAUUAGGGCCAGUGCCUGCAAUCCUACGGGGGCGCAAGCCUCUCUCUGAGAACAUGGUAAGUGUCCCUUCCGAGGAACGUUACAUAGCACCGGACUGCGUGCAUACUUCCUCGAGAGCAGAUCCCAGUAAAGUCAAUUGGCCUUACUGAGUAGGAUGAGGCUGAAAAGGCGAUUUAGUUCCAAUGCAACCGAUGGAAUAAAAUAUGCUUUCAAAUUCUAGCAUUUUGCGCUGGCUGACUCUAAGUGGAAUGUGGCUCCUUUUCCUUUUUUGGGUUGGGAAAACAUGAUCGCAUCAGGGUUGUGUGUGUGUGUGUGUGUGUGUGUGUGUGUGUGCUUGCUUGCUUUUAAAUGGUGGCGGUGCCGAAAUGCGGUUCCUAAGAGUUUGAACAUCAAUGGCAAGGAAGCAAUCUCAACUGCUAUAAAUGAUGGCGCAGCCUUGCCCUGAAUGAAUGUAUGGACCACAGUCCCCACACACGCGUAAGGAGGAAUUCAAAUUCCUAUUGACUACGCCACAACUUUAUUCCCUUACAAAAUCGCAGCCGCCUCGACUUAAUUUCAGAUCUUUUCUUUCUAUUGAUUUCGCUGGAGGAAUCUUACAUCCGGAACAAGCGUUUCGGUUUACACGGGUUGUGCACCCAGUUUUUCGUUUUUACGUGGUUCUUGGGACACAGCAAGGCGAUACACAGAUAAUAGUUUUCAAUCACAUCUGUUUGUUGUCCCAUUUACGUUGAACCAUUUAAAGUAAGCAAAUAACACGAUUUUGUAAAAAAUAAUAUUUUUUUUUAAGGUAACGUCCUUGGUGUAAGACGUAUGGUUUAACCUGUCGACAAAAGGCGGCCUCUCUCAACCCUCUCUCUCUCUUUGUCCCUUCUCUGGCCGCAGCCGCCUAAAAUUUGGCAACAGAAUUAAGUCAAAUCCUUGAAACAAACAAAUGUCUCAAAUCAGCAGGCGAGAACAAGGGAUGAAAAUGUGCCAUUAAGGAAAUAAAAGAUAAAAGCACGAAAGGACAAACUGCUUUUGAAUAUGACCACACUGUAAAUUAAAGACGCAUUGAAAUACAAUACGUAGGGGGUGAAUUGCCACAGAAGACACAACCUUUUCUUGGGAUAAAAAGAGGGCCAGGGGUGAGGAAAGAGAUGCUCCUGUCUGCCAGGCUGAUGAUGGACCUCUCCGAUCCUAAGUAGCUCCCAUUGCGAUGAAUGGGUACUAUGAUGCAGUUGCUUAAAGCCCCAUUCAUUUCAGUGAAGCAUUUAUGAGUCUCGUUCAUUUAUGUGGACAGGGGCUGAUUUUGGCAGGGUGGAGCCCACUCCAUUUAGGAUCAAAGUGCCGCUACACAGCUGAAACUCUGGACACCUUUUCAGUUUCACCAUCGGUAACAAAUCUCACAGAUUUCAAUGAGUGUGACUUCCAGUCUUUAGGAUUGCAGCAUUGCUUGCUUCCACGCUCCCGCCCUUAGAAAAUAACGACAACCACCCUCAGGUGGGUAUAGGAUGAGGUGGCAGCUCUCUUUGAACCUCCUUCUAGCAACCGGAUCCUGAAACACGCAUAUGUGGAAGUAAACGCUAUUGAUUUCAAGGUAGAGCUUAACUGAAAGCAAAAUAAAUAAAUCAUUAAAUAAAUGCCGUGUGUGUGGGCGCGCGUGUGUGCAUAGCUUAAAUGACCAGAGAAACUCCCUUUCUAUUAAUUGACCAAAAGUGCUUAGUUCCUCAUCCCUUUAAAGCUCCAGAAAUAUAUUACACCAGAACAGAGAUAGGGGAAUAAAAUCGCUGUUGUUUUGUUACUACUACUAUCAAUACUAAUUUUUAUGAUUUAUUCUUAUUUUGAUUGGAACACUUUCGAACAGCGUACAAAAAGUUCCCAACUCGAACCUGAACUCAAAGCUUGGUUUUGUGCAAUAAAGUUUAAAUAUAUAUUUUUUUAAGUUGUCCGCUUGCAAACCUUAAGCAGAAAGCAUCAGCAAAGGAAGGAUGCCCGGACCCCACUUUGUGGUUGUUGUGAAUUCUCUGCUCAGAGGUUGAUGAGAGAUUUGUGUGUGACUGUGAGAGCGAAGGUACAACUCUGGGCGAAGUCACAGCGCCUCCUGUUGACCGGCCACAACCUCAAGCGCGCACACCUGUUUUUUUGAGACGCAGCUGCUGGACGGAAGGAGGACCCGAUGCCCGGCCAUCCCAAGCGAUCGGCAGGUUUGCUGCUCAGGCUUCAACGGGACGCGAGUUCCGCAUGGCUCCCGGAUGCGAGCAAAACUUGCCUAAGCGCGUCACCCACUGCGGGAACAUCCCUCUCCCGGCUGCAUACCAGACGGCGCUUGAGCCGAGAGGUGGGGGGGACGCAGGUGUGUUGGACUGAAAAUCCGUCAUUGUUUCUAGGAGGUGUUAUUUUUUUAAAACCACCAAGAGCCGACCUCUGCUUCUUAAGCACCUCGGAGGAAAAAACAGAUUAGUGGGGCUCGUUCGCACAUCCCCUCCUGGCGCGCACUUUCAAAGGAAUGCGCGCAGGAAGGUCUGAUGGCACCCUCGCUAAGCGCUUUCGCUCACAUCUAGCGGCUUAUUGGGGGUGUAGGGCGGUGGUGAUGGGGCGCGAGACAGCCGAGACACCCCUGAUCUUUAACUCCCCGGGGGAGAGACUUCUUGGAAAGCAACUGAAGAACUCCUUCCUUUAAGCACGGUGUUCCUGCUCUCUGGAGGAUCCCUAGCAAGGGGCGUGUGGGCGAGCGUUUCAGCGCUGCUGAAUUUCUCCUGCACUAGGAGAAAGCGAGGAAAUGGAUAAUCCCGAGGGAAAGAAACCAUGCGGGGAGUGCGGUGGGGAAUAUCUGUCAGCCCAUUGCAGCAAAAGGAACAUACCGUAAUAAAAAAUAGGCACAAGAUGAACGGAUUUUAAAUUUUAUUUUUAGGGGGGGCAGAAAUCUUCUUGGACUAGGGAGCACACCCUCAUGAGGUACACAGGACUCCAGAUCAGGAUAGCUCGCCCCACCAUAAACCUGUUCAUCUUUAAGAUGCCGCGAGACUCAUUUUUUAUGUUAAGAACCAGAACAAUGAUACCCGCAUCAUAUUUAGGAGAGACUCGACCAUGGCAAUUCUUUGUUUACGUCUGUGUUUUACAGAGUCUGUCUCUCUUCCUUCACACACAUUUACCUAGGGGCUCUCCAUUCCCCCCCCCCCAAGGGAAAUGCAACCGUGGCAGGGCCUCUGCUAUAAAAGCGAUGCGCCAAGAGGGUUUCUUAUCUCCCCCUAAGGUUGCAGACCUAACUCCACUUACCUAGGAAUGAGCCCCAUCGAACUCGAUAUUUAUGAGCGGACGUGGUUAGGACUUUGCUGUAAAUAUUGCACAAAAUCCAGACUCCUCCUCGCAAGUAAUGGGAAAGAAUGGCUGUUUGUCUCUCCGGGAACAAUAGACUCUUAACCGGAUGCACAAGACAGUUAUUUGCAGCACUGUAAACAAAUUAAACCCUGGAGCCCAAAUUGGCUCCAAUCUUAAGCAUUAGGAAGAAACGCCCGGUACUUUCUUCCAAGUGAACGUGCUUUGCAAUGCGCUGUUCCAUUGGUAAAAUCAUCUUAAAGACCAAGAUAUUUAUUACGACCACAGUCAUAUGAUGACCACAGCCCGCUCCACCAGAUGCACGACUACCCUGAAAAUGGAAACCAAUUGAUUGCAAGUUCAGAUUUACACGUUACGCUUCUGACGAAGUGGAGUGUUGUUCACGAAAACUAAUGCUACAGUAAAUCAGUUGGCCUUUAAGGUGACACGACACCCCCCCCCCUUUAUUUUUUUGUCUGCAGCAGAUUAACUUGGCAACUGAUCCUUAGACAGUAUUUCCCACUGAUUUCACUGGGGCACUUUCCCAGUAGCUAUUUUAGCACCGGGCGUGCAAUUCUGAUCAUUGAUACACUCCCCACCCCCCUUUCACCUGCGUGCGGGUCGGCAGAAAGCUCGCUAGCUUGGAAGUUGCCUUCCGCUUCACCUUGAUACCCAGGUGUGUUCUCAUUGACAUUUGUCAGGUAAUGCAGCCCCAGAUCCGACUGCUAACCUGGACGAGGAAGACUCCCACCGUUUUUCCUCUCGUGGAGGCGGGUGGCCUCAACUUCCCCUUCUAUUUUAAGGGGGAAACUGGUGCUUCUCGCUUUUCUCAGUGUUUAGAUUUCUCCAUUAAGAUAGCCGAGAGUGUAAAAAAAGAUCUCCUCCUUGCAAAAAGGGAUGAGCAGAGGUUGUUUUUUUAAAAAAAGGUUGUUUUAAACCUGAUAAUGGAGUUGCGGAUGACCGGAAUUUCGCAUCUAAUCCUUCUGAAGCAAAAGGAUGAGCUUGCUGGGUAACAACAAUGGUCUAUUUAGCUCACUGUUGUCUCUCGCGAUGGUGGCCAACCAGAUGUCACAGCUAGUUUCGGAGCAGGGCAGCUUUCUAGCUACAGAUCCUAAAAUUUCCCCUCGCCGGCUUUGCCUGUCUCUCUAUGGUUAGUGAAGAACUAUCCACGCUAAUAAUAAUAAUAAUAAUAAUAAUAAUAAUAAUAAUAGGUCGUUUCCUUCGCACUCGCCAUCCUUCCAAAAUUAAGCGCCUUCUCUCCGGCUUGGACAAAAGAAAGAUGAAACGCAGCCUUGGCUUUUUGUUAAACCAAUGAAUACCGCAAACAUUAUGCUCUAAACAAUAGGAGGGCACUGGCGCAUUCAGCUCCGGAGAAGUGAAGACCUGCCCGCCUUUGCUCUCGGCUGCCCGCAGGAUCCCUGUCAAAGCGGAGAUGAAAUCCAAUGUUUAUGUCAGGAUCGGACUUGUAGGCAAAAUUGUUAACAGUGCCUUUACUCGGCCACGAGGAGGAGGGAGAGAGACCUUUUGGGGGGUGGGGGGGGGAGGGAGGCAUUGUGGAUUUAAACAGCUUCUGCGCGCCUUAACCAAAUGGUUACUGUACAGAGGGCGCGGGAUCUCCCGUUUUCCCGGCUAUUCCUAAACCCCAUGGCUCAAAACACACAUACACGUGCAAGUACAAGCUCCAAUUCAAGGAAAUAGGAUGGUGGAAGCUUCAAAACGCCUCGCUUCCGUUCAAUACGUACAUUUCAGAGCCCCUUGCCCUUUUCGACUCGACCCCCUCAAGCCGCCACCUUACAAUGCAAUCCUCUGCAUGCUUACUUGGAAAUGGGUCCCCCUGUGUGCAAUGGGGCUGACUCGAGAGUAAUUGUGGUUAGGACUGCAGCCUGACUGCCUGGUAUGACCUGCUCCUUCAGCUCCUGCGCUCCUUUCUUUAGUUUCCUUACCUCCUGAGAUCUGUUGCCAGUCCCUACCCUGUCCCACAAAACUCCUGUCCUGUGAUAUUUCAGAUCCAGCUAAGCCGAGAAUUUCCCCCCCACUCAUAGAUUCUGGUUUGCCAACGUCGUUAGUUUUGUUCCCCGUACUUGGAAUGUUGGUGAACAUUCUGAGCCAUCUCAGCGGCUCAGCCAGUGGGAAGCUUCACAGGCGCAAUUCCAUAUGAAAUAGGAAGGACUGAUCUUCCCAGUAUGUAUAUGAAGAAUUAAGAUCUAGAAGGUUGGAGGCUGGAAGGUUCUGGGUCAGAGAAGCCAGAAGCUUGCCUUUACUUUGCCUCUCGCUCUCCAUACUUCUGUCUAGACGCGGGAAGUGGCUUGCAUUUCUCCGAGCUUGUUUUCUGUGCGAAAUUUUCGUGCCUUUUCAGAUUUUGGAACCCAUUCAAAUCAAUUUCAAUUAAUCACGGCGAGCCUUCCAAAUUCGGAGCGCCGUCUUUUUUGCGCCUAUUACGCAAGAAACAACCCCCGCUGAGUUCCCAACCGGAUGUUUUGGGCAUAUAGGGGUGAGACCCUGUAAAUCAGGAGUGGCUGACUCUCGGAGUCUGGAGCUUGAUGUGCCCCCCAUGACAUUUUCUGUUUCUCUUCAAGACCCUACCGAUUUUGGAAGCUACAGAAAACAUUCAGGUAGGUACACUUCUAAGGGUUUAAAAUCUCUCCGCCUAGCGUAACCCUGGGAUCCCGGUGCAAAGCAUUAGACGGGCCAUUUUGUGAGACGGGAAGGGAGCGAUCACUCCUGCCUCACCUGAGCUGAGCAGCGUAGCGGAGGAGGUGGGCUGUGCACGCGCAGGUGAGAGUGUUCCUGCCUCCACCCCAGGAUUGGCCACGAGUGAAUACGAGCGAGCUAAUGAAAGUUUAGCCCCACCAGAAAAAUACGGCAUAUGAAUGAGCAAUAAUUAAAAUAAAGCAGUCUAGCUAGGGAAAAGGCGGCGUCGAAAGAAAAUGAAUUUUAUUAUAUUUUAAUUUAUUAAAUUUGUAUAGCUUCACCCGAAGAUCACAGGGCGGUUCACAACAUAAAAAUACAAAAAUACCUAAUAAAAACAAGAACAAACCAAUAACCCCACUUAUAAUGGAAGUUUGUUUACAACAUUUAUAUUGCCCUUCACUUUUGUGUUUUCAGAGCGGUUCGCAGAGAGAUGAUCUUAUGUCCGAGAGAAUGCAGAAAACUAUACUAGAAAGUGCGCACGUAACUAAAUAAACCCGUAGGUCAAAUGGGGUCUCUGGAUUGCAAUUUAUUCCCUGCGGUUACCGCAGAAAUUCUCAGCUAGCCCGAUGCAGCCUAAAAUAUUCCACUGAAUUUAGUGGGAUGUUCCCAACUGCGUAUAAUACUUAGAAUAUCCUCACCUAUCUACCUGAUUUUUCUUCUACUCCACUUCCUCCAAAGAGUUCAGGAUGGUAUACAUGCCCCCUUUUAGUUCUAAUCCUAUACCCACUUUCCUUGGAGUAAGCUCCUUUGACUUCGCUGACUGGGACUCCGAUUAGACAGGCGUGGGAUCAUGCUCUUAUAAUCAUACAAACGCUUCAGAGUAGGUACAGUGGUACCUCAGGUUACAUACGCUUCAGGUUACAGACUCCGCUAACCCAGAAAUAGUGCUUCAGGUUAAGAACUUUGCUUCAGGAUGAGAACAGAAAUCGUGCUCCAGCGGUGCGGCGGCAGCAGGAGGCCCCAUUAGCUAAAGUGGUACCAGGUUAAGAACAGUUUCAGGUUAAGAACAGACUUCCGGAACAAAUUAAGUAUUUAACCCGAGGUACCACUGUACGAUCGAGAGGCAGCAACUGGACUGGCCCAAGGUCAGCCAGGAAGAUGGCGGAGUUCUUCCUAAACAUUAGGAAGAACUUCCUGACAGUAAGAGCUGUUCGACAGUGGAAUUUGCUGCCAAGAAGUGUGGUGGAGUCUCCUUCUUUGGAGGUCUUUAAGCAGAGGCUUGACAACCAUAUGUCAGGAGUGCUCUGAUGGUGUUUCCUGCUUGGCAGGCGGUUGGACUCGAUGGCCCUUGUGGUCUCUUCCAACUCUAUGAUUCUAUGAUUCUAUGUGAACCUCGGUCUCCCAACCUAAAAGCAACACUGGAUUAACCUCUGCCGCACCCGCGGCUCUUCCUGUAAAGCCCCUGGGGCGCGCCAAGUCCAUACAGACAGACAUUUGAUCUAUAUAAGUUAGACGACUAUUUAUUAUGCCCAUUUCGCAGAUGGAGUGGCUUGCCCAAGGAAUCCGUCGUGGCUGAAAUGUGGUCUGUGAAUCUAGGAACAUCACAUAGCCGGGCCAUUUGAUGACGACAUCGGGGCAGAAGUGACAUUUGAACCCAGGUCUUUGGGAUACUGUAAAGCAACCAGCUGUCCAACGAGAGUCUGGACACGGAUCGGAGGCGAGAGGCGGUCGUGGCAGAGGCAGAACCUGCUGAACCCACAUGCGAGCCCCACUCUUUCUCUUGAACCCAACCCCAUCGCAUCACCAGCACCGAACACCGCCGCUUUUCACCCUCCAGAUUUCGGCCAGAUUUGUUGAUCCUGCUUAUCUUGACUUUCCAGGGAGCGCCUUUCCCAUUAAGCAGCGUGCAAGCAACCCGAGUAUCAUUUAUUUACCAACCGGUUGGAAACAAAGCAUUGGCGCAGGCACUCUCUCCUCACACACCCGCCCCCCCUGCAUGCACGAAAUGGUCUCGGUCCUCUCGCUUCUGGGGGAUAACAGGUUGCGCUCUCAACCAGGGCCUGAAGCCUCUCUGGUUUCCUUGCAAACAACGGAACAGCAUCUCGGACGCAUUUCCCCACCGAUAACUGUGUUUGGACAUAUUCAAAGGAACCCGUGUGCCGUUUCCCGCUCCUGGCCAGCCUCGUGCAAAUAAAGGCUGCCCCCAUGAUGUUGAUCAGAGAGACUCGGUCAGAUGUGCUCGCCACCCAGGUAGCCGUGAGUGCAAUUUCCCUCUUGCCACAAAUCAAGGGUCGUGAAUGGAGUCUCCAAAACAGGGCACCCACAGCCAUAGGAGCCAAAAGAUCGGCCUGCCUUUCUUCAAGUUCGACGCGGUCUCCUGUUAUGUUGUUGUUGUUUAGUCGUUUAGUCGUGUCCGACUCUUCCUGACCCCAUGGACCAGAGCACGCCAGGCACUCCUGUCUUCCACUGCCUCCCGCAGUUUGCUCAAACUCAUGUUCGUAGCUUCGAGAACACUAUCCAUCCAUCUCGUCCUCUGUCGUCCCCUUCUCCUUGUGCUCUUUCCCAACAUCAGGGUCUUUUCCAGGGAGUCUUCUCUUCUCAUGAGGUGGCCAAAGUAUUGGAGCCUCACGAUCUGUCCUUCCAGUAGUGAGCACUCAGGGCUGAUUUCCUUAAGAAUGGAUAGGUUUGAUCUUCUUGCAGUCCGUGGGACUCUAAAGAGUCUCCUCCAACACCAUAAUUCAAAAGCAUCCAUUCUUCGGCGAUGAGCCUUCUUUAUGGUCCAGCUCUCACUUCCAUACAUCACUACUGGGAAAACCAUAGCUUUAACUAUACGGACCUUUGCUGGCAAGGUGAUGUCUCUGCUUUUUAAGAUGCUGUCUAGGUUUGUCAUUGCUUUUCUCCCAGGAAGCAGGCGUUAUAUCUGCUGCCUAAUGGCAGCGGGCUCUAUUCUUGGAAUCAGAGCCGAUGUGGUUGUACUGGUUAGAGCAGGGUUUCCCAAACGUGGGUCUCCAGCUGUUUUUGGACUACAACUCCCAUCAUCCCUAGCUAGCAGGACCAGUGAGUCAAGGAUGGUGGGAAUUGUAGUCCAAAAACAGCUGGAGACCCAAAUUUGAGAAACACUGGGUUAGAGUUAGAAUGAUGGACUCGGACCUGGGAGACCCGGAUUCAAAUCCCCACUCAAGUGUUAAGAAGCUCAUUGGGUUGAUCUUGGACCGUUCAGCGUCUCUUAGCCGAACCUACCUCACAGGGUUGUUGUGAGGGAAAACCAUGUAUACUGCCACAUUGGGGGAUGGAAAUCUAAUAAAUAAAUAGACGGUUCUGCUGGCAUCUUAAUAACUAGGAUUUCUUCUGACGUAGUCAACGAGAUGGCUUUCAGAUGUGGUUGGACUCCAGCGAGCUCGCAUCAGCCCGAGUCAACAUGACCAAAGAUCAGUGAAGAUGGGGGGGUCCCUGGAGGGCACUUGCCUUGACGACCCCACACUUUUCGUGACGAGAGAGGCGUGAUUAUUCAGCUGGGCUUUCAAGCUCAGGAAAGGCGCCUGCCACAAUGGCCGCGCCACCGUAGACACGUCUCCUCAAGUAAGGACCCCUGAGUUAAAUGGGGCUUGUUGUUGUGUUGUUGUUGUUGUUUAGUCGUUUAGUCGUGUCCGACUCUUCGUGACCCCAUGGACCAGAGCACGCCAGGCACCCCUGUCUUCCACUGCCUCCCGCAGUUUGGUCAAACUCAUGCUGGUAGCUUCGAGAACACUGUCCAACCAUCUCGUCCUCUGUCGUCCCCUUCUCCUUGUGCCCUCCAUCUUGGGUCUUUUCCAGGGAUUCUUCUCUUCUCAUGAGGUGGCCAAAGUACUGGAGCCUCAGCUGCAGGAUCUGUCCUUCCAGUGAGCACUCAGGGCUGAUUUCCUUCAGAAUGGAGAGGUUUGAUCUUCUUGCAGUUCCUGGGACUCUCAAGAGUCUCCUCCUUCACCAUAAUUCAAAAGCAUCAAUUCUAACUGCAGCCCAAACAUGCCAAUUUUCAAGGAUCCACAAGACUUCUCCUUGUCUUUUGAUGCGGCAGAUGAGCAGCUGUACCUCGGAAGUUAAGGUGACUUCGGAGAAGCUGGUGGAGAAGGCAUCUGACACGUGGUCAUAAGGAGAGGAAAGUAAGGAGAGGAAAGUAAGCACGCACAGCUCUCUCCAUGAACCAUUUUCGAUCUGGAAUUUCGUUCUUUAGGAUGCCUUCACACGUAUACACACAUCAUGCGAUUCCUACCCGCGAAAUUAGAGCGAAGUUGAACGUAUAGAGUGAUCUGACAAACAUGGUUUCCUGGUCUGAUCUGAACUUUCUGUUGGAGGGUUUUUUAAUCUGCAUCUGCUCGUUCACACGCGCGAGUCAUCGCAGCCCCCAGGAAAGGAGAGUGAAUGGGUGCGAACCAUUCCUUUCCAGACGGAACCCUACAGCUGCGCGACUUGUAGCCGGAUAAAGGGGGGGAAACACACGCACACCUCGCCGUGCCAAGACGCAGGCACCAAACGCCUAACGUCUGAGGUCCUCAAUUUAGGGAAGGAUGGUAAGUUCAGAGGUAGAGCUCAUGCUUCGCAAACAGAAGCCCAAAUUCCAACCCCAACCCCCCUUUUCAAGUGGCCAGGGCUGGCAAAGUCCUCGACUCUGAAAUUCUGCCGAGCCAGUGCCAGUCACUCAACUGAGCUCGAUGGACCACAGGUCGGGCUCUGUUCUAUGUUCCCAAUACAUUUGACUAAGACGCUGGAGAAAGGAGUCUGAAGAGGAUGUUAAUCAUCGCGUUUGCACACAGAACUGCCAAAGACUGGAGCAACAUGGAUGUUACGAAGUAGCAGGCUGUGGCAACAUUAUCCGCAGCAGGUCAUCCUGUAAAGUCUAGGGAACCUCCAGCGGAUCUGAAUGGCUACAAUUCUGAUCAGGGAGAUUCUGAGCAGAGGCUUCCUUGUCCUAGAAUGAACGCGGGGGAACUUGUGGGUCGAACCGUUCGGAAAAUGAGCAACUAGGCUGCCCAGAUCCAAAGAAAGUUUGCGGGGGUGAGGCUGCAAACCUACCUACCUACUUACCUACCUUUCUCUCUCUCUCUCUCCCUCCCUCCAUCCCUCCCUCCCUCCAACAAACGUCCUUACAACAAUCCUGCGACGUAGGAUAAUUAAAAUAUAGUGAUUGGCUGGCCUGAGAAGAUCCAAUGAAGGUUGGGGCUGAGCGGGGAUUGGGACCCACGCCUUCUGAGCUGGGUACGACACCCUGCGGGUUAAACCACGCUAAGAUUCCUUAAGCAACUCCGUGGGACAUAUGUCCAUGUAAACCUGCGCAGGAUCGCGUUGCGCGUCGCAUUGCAAGGAACGGGGUUUAUCGCCCAUCUGAUAAACUCGCAGCACGAGUUAUUGGCCAGUGCUGAAUUUGUGCCUACACAUUCAUCCCGGAAUUUGUUUUAUAGUGCCGUUGAUGAGUCCAAAGAGCCAGAGAACUUGCCCUCAUCUGCUGAAUGUGACUGAUUAGUGAAAUCUAGCUGCACUAAUAUCUAGAAGUUUCAACAGAUAGUCAUUACUUGGGGGAAAAAAUACAAAAUAGAUUAAAUGGUUCAUUGUUUAGGAUAGAGAUAUUAGAAGCUGUAAUUCUACUCACAUUACACAGAAACGGAUUUCAAAGGCAUAAACAUAGCUGUCAGCUUUUCCCUUUUCUUGCGAGGAAUCCUAUUCGGAAUAAGGGAAUUUCCCUUAAAAAAAGGGAAACGUUGACAGCUAUGGGCAUAAAUAACAAAUACAUGUAUUUUCCAGGAAAAUUUAGGAUCUAAACUGAUGGGAUUAAAAGGUCUCAGAUACCUCCUACAUACCUAGGAGUGAGUCCCAUUGAAUGCAAUCGGUUUUUUGAGGAGGCAGGAAUAGGAUUCAGCUGUCAGUAAGUAUAUUUAGCCCUUCGAGGUAUACUGGUUUAGCUAAAAGCCUAGUUUAAUUGUGUUUGGACAUAUUCCAGCAGCCUCCCCCAACAAGGUCCCUUCAGAUAUUUUAGACAACUCACAUCAUUCCCAACCAUAGGCUGUCCUGGCCUGGGCUGAUAGGAGUUGUAGUUGAAAACGUUUGGAGAGCUUCAAGUUGGGGAGGGCGGCAUGACAGCCUCCAACCAUUUGUAAGUCAGCUGUGGAUUUUUAUAAUGAUCCAAGGGCAUUUUCACACAAGAUAAAACUCUAUGAAAGUCACAUCUGUGUACAACAGUAGUUCUGCCCCCACUCUCACCCUAUGGACCACUUGAAAAUCUCUAGGGGUCUUGGUGGAUCAGUUAAUAAACUUAGGUUGCUGAGAAGGUCUCCAUUAAAUAUUCACUUUUUAUUGGUGAAUAAUUUCUGAAUUUCACAGAAACCUUUUCAGGUAGAAAGAGGAAAUUAAUAAGUGUGCACAAUAGGAUAUCUGCCCAAUAAAUAGUUUAUUCUGUUUUACCUAUGGUUACGUCAUUUCCUGGUAGGGUUGAGAUUAAAAAAAAACAGAAACAAAAAAAGUUCCUCUUCUGCCUUUAAGAGCAGCUUGAUCUACAGAUGCGAACAAGUGAUAAUGUUUCUCUUGUAAAUUCUGCAGAAUGAACUUAUGCUAAAGCACCAAUCGAUUCCCUCUGCCUAGCAUGUUGGCAACUCUUAUUAUCCAACACCAACCAGCAACAGUACUAUACAGAUAAACAUCAAAGCCAAAGGAAGGUGCUGCGUUUCUUGGCACAAAUUUAUGACAAUUCGUACAGUCAAGUGAAUGAUAUACCGUAUUUUAGACCUUGUUUAACAAUAAGGGUACUUACCUAUUUGGCUUAGGAGUGCUAAGGCUUUGACAAAUCAAGUUUCUGUUACGUGGAGGAAAACAUUCAUUGUAAAAUGGUGAAAAUAACUUUGAUCAAAACAUCAAAACUGUUGAGAGAGCGAGAGAAUCAACAGCAGCAUUUUAGUCUGGGUUGUUGAGGAAAUGUCUGUGUUUAAACUGGCAAAUAAAUAAAGCAAAAGCUAGAUUGGCAAAUACAAAGAAAAGCCUCUGUGUGAGAGUAUUUAUUGCAAGAUGGCCCUAUAUAAAAUAAUUAAAGGCCUGACUGAUUUCAAGGGACCAUAAAUCUCAAGAGGUAAUUAUGCUAUGAAGGGACAAUCUUGCAACACGUGAAUUGAUGCAGGAGGCUUGUUAGAAAAUGCCUUACUUCUUUCUGUUGUGUAACUGUUGAAGACACAGAACUGCUGCUCAUUAAAAAGUGAGCAACUCUUAACAUGAAUGCUAUUUAACAUUGCUACUUUUUUUUAACUCAGUCGUGCAGUUAAGUAAUACAGUAUUUGACUCUGGCCUUAAUGGUCUUAAGGGAUUGGACACACAUCAUUUUGGGUUGUAAUGCAUAUAAGGUAAAGGUAAAGGGACCCCUGACCAUUAGGUCCAGUCAUGGCCGACUCUGGGGUUGCGGCAUUCAUCUCGCUUUAUUGGCCGAGGGAGCCGGCAUACAGCUUCCAGGUCAUGUGGCCAGCAUGACUAAGCCGUUUCUGGUGAACCAGAGCAGCACAUGGAAACGCCGUUUACCUUCCCGCCGGAGCGGUACCUAUUUAUCUACUUGCACUUUGACAUGCUUUCGAACUGCUAGGUUGGCAGGAGCAGGGACCGAGCAAUGGGAGCUCACCCUGUCAUGGGGAUUUGAACCGCUGACCUUCUGAUCUGCAAGUCCUAGGCUCUGUGGUUUAACCCACAGCGCCACCCGCGUCCCUUGUAAUGCAUAUUACUUUACUUCAAAAAUGUGUUAAGCCAGACGCCAAGUGGGAUAACUUCGCUAAAGUAGAGUUUCCUACCUUGAUGACACCAUUGUUCUGAUUUGAUCUCCACUUUAACUAUGGAACUUGCUCCCAUGGGAAGCAGCAGUGAUGACCAACUUGGAUGACUUCAAAAGAGACAAAUUCAUGGAGGAUAAGGCUAUGCUCUCCCUUCAACCGGCUGGAGGCAGUACACUUCUCAAUACCGAUUGCUGGAAACUGCAGGAGGGAAGAUUGCUCUUGUGGAUUUCCUGCAGGCAUCUUGUUGGUCACUGUGAGAACAGGAUGCUGGGCUAGAUGGGCUCUUAUGAUUUUAAGUUCUGAGCCUUUAACAUCAGCUGUAAUGAGAUAUGUGGAACUUAGUGUUGCAUGUCACCCCAAUCUCUGAGUGCUGCAAUAUUCCAGGGGCUGUAGGUGCUUAGUUCAGUUUCAUUGGACUGAGGGACAGUGGAGACAGUGGUAUCUUUAGGAAUAUAUUUAUACAUAUUGUUAUGUACUGAGUUGAAUAGGAUCCAAAAUGCAGCAGUCUGUUUGGUACUAGAACAAUAGGAUUCAGAAUGCAGCAGUCUGAUUGGUCCACAGGAGCCACCCAAUCCAGCUCCAGGUGGAAGUGAAUCCACAACCUGAUUGGCCUACAGGAGAAUCCCAGAAUUAGCCAAUCACGUGGGGCCCAUUGUGUAAAUAAUGUAUAUAAAGCAGACAUUCUGGGGGAACUUCCAUUCCUCCUCACCACUAUGAGCUGAAUAAAGAGCAUGAAAUCCACUCUCGACUCCGAGUAUAUUUCACAUAUAUACAUCCUGAGCCUAUGAUGGAAGGGCUCACCACAUUAACAACCCAAUAAUGAAUCCAUGACCAGGGAGAAGAGUCGGUGGAGGAAGAUUGGAAGAAAUUCAAAGAUUAUCUACAGAAACACUGCAAAAUUAAAGAAUGUUAGAGUGAUGUUGGAUUGAAAAUAAGUGGUUUCCAGCUGUACAGGAUAAAGUUAUAGAUAGACUAAGAUUAAAGAUUAGGAUUAAAGAAGUUUAAGGAAAUGGAAAUUUGGUACUUAAGAGGUAAAAUUUUAAUGCUAUAUUACAUUAAGAUUAAAGAUUGGGAUUAAAAAAGUGGAAAAGAAAUUGCUGGACAAACAAUUUGGACCGGAAUACAAAAGAGGGAGGUAUGAGGAGGUCCAGAAAAUAAGUAAAUUUAAAAACGGAAAUGAAAAGGUGAUAUUGUUUUUAAUUGUUCUAUUUCUUUUUUUUUUUUGUUUUCUGUUCUCUGUGUUUUUCUUCUUUUUUUGGAUUAUGUACUGUGUAUUUGUGUAUUUCUUUUUUAUGUUUUUCUGUUUAACUUUUUACUGAAACCUUAAUAAAAAUAAUUUUAAAAAAUAAAUAAAUAGCAACCCAAUAAUGACAUGCUUUUCCCCAUAGCCAGGUCUCUCACUCACAAGCCUCAGCCUGCUUCUAGCUUCUAGCUCAGCUUUCUCACACGCUUCAACUCUAGCCUUUGCACUUCUACCUACCAAACAGCUGAGGGAGAGAGGGCCCACCCAUUUGCAUAGGGCCACUCCUUUUGUGACCUUAAUAACCCAUACUUUGGGAGCCAUUACCAAGCUGGCUUUGCUAUCCCAGCCAUUGAAUCCUUGCUGGAUCCAGGAAUGAGCAGGGACUCAGGCAUACAGUCUAAGCCCUCCCCCUAAACUGACAACACUGUGUUAUAAGGAGAACUGUGACAUUCAACAGGUGAACUCUCUAAUGCUUUAUGUUGGUAUAGAUGUCUGAAUCUGAUUUGCUAAUAUUCAUCCUUCUAGGCCGUGUUCUUUAAGGAGUUAAUUGUAUUUAGGAAUGUGUUAUGACAUGAGAAAGGUCUGUAGUCCUCGUGUAUGACUACAGCAGGUGGGCUUCCUUUAUAGGCCUUUUUAAAACCAUGGCAUCAUGGCAAAUAAGCAGAUACAAUGUAUAUACAGUUAAAACUUACCAAUAGUGUGAAACAUCUUUUUUUUAAUGAUGAUGAUGAUGAUGAUGAUUAUUAAUAAUAGUAUGCACCUAUUGAGGCAAUACUAGAAAUCUUUCUAGAUAACAGUCCCACCUUCUGGCUAGAGUUAAAUACAUUGGUUAAGCCAAGGUUCUUACUUAAAAAGGUUGUCCCUCUUCUCAGUCUUUGGAAUGCCAUGUAUCAGUGGUGGUUAGCAUAGUCCCCACUCAAACAAUUCAAGCAUGAAUGGAGAAAGACUCUGCCUUCACUAGCAUCCUGCUUUAUCAGAGCUCUCUUGAUGGCUAAUAGAUGGUUGCAAAAAGGUUGCUUGCACUCAUUCCCAUUAACUGAGGCUUUCUGGUGCCACGACCACUUAAGUGGUGGUGACACAUUAACUUUUGCAUGGCUUUUAAAAUGGCAAAUGCCCUGUUCUUUGGAACAAAGAUGAGGAGAGAGGACUCCAAGCACUUUUUAAUGCUUUGUAAGAGUCAGAUCCACAAAGCUUUGUGUGACUAGUGUUCUCUGAUGGAUGAGUUGGAAGGAGGCAUUUCUAUCCACAGAUAUUGAGCUAUAGUUCUUCUUUAUGAACCUUGAGAAGACUCAGAAACAUUUCCUUUCUACAUGCCCUUUUGGUGCUCAGUGGAAAUCACAAGAUGCUAAGAAGUUCUAUACAACUGAGCAUCUAUCUAUCUAUCUAAUUUUAAGCAAGGACUGUUGGGGCUCCGGGGGUUAUGGUUCAUCUGUGUGUGGGAACUGCCCCCUGCCCGCGGAUGCCCAGGCUUCCAACAUGGUUUACUCAGAUUUUGAAUCAAGUCAAACCAACGUCUUGGGUUUACGUGAUUCAGAAAGAUGACACACAGACCAACACACAGUGUCCCAAGUCAAUCUGAUUACAACCUGAGCAAAAUUCAUGUUAAAUAAAGACAUUAGACAAUCCAAUAUGUAUUUGAUAUCAUGUCUGUGGCAUCUCAUCUAGUCUUCUGUCAUUUAGAGUGGGUUCAUGUUUUAAUUAAAAUGCUCAGAAAUAAAAUGCUAGCACUUUAAUGCCUAGUUGACUGAUUUUUUAAAAAUUUUUAAAUACAAAACUUAAAUAUGAAUUUUGUAGCCUGGGUAGAUAUUGAAUUUAAUGCUACUCCUUCAGAAAUUAUGUAAUUCUGGGUUUUUCCUCUUUCCCCUCUUAUCUUCCUGGGCUUCUGACCAACUUUCUGUGGAACUCAAACUAGGAAGGAAGUUGCACACUGGGGCUACAAUCCUAUUCUCACAGAGGAUAAAAGGGAAAUUCUUAUUAAUUUCAAUGGGAUUAGGAUUGAGCCUUUUUCGCUGUGCAAAUGAAUAACUUUGAAGAGGGCUCAGAUUCCUUGCAUCUACUGUGCUAUAGUGUAGGAAAAUAAACAGUGCCAAUUUAUCUGAAACUGUUCCUCACCAGUGUGCCAGAAUCCUGACCCCCAGAGAACCUAUUGUGGCACAGGCUAAGGGGCUACCCUUCUGCCUAUUGUGAGCUUUUCCUUUGCUUCCUUCCGGAUGCAAAUCCCAACAUUCCAUUCAGGUCGUCCUUCCUGAUGCUAAUAGCUCUUUAUAUUCAUUGCCAUGUCCUGCCCCUCCUGCUGAGGCUCCUGUGGAGAGGUGUCAUGGCUGCCUAAAAUGGCAUACUGGUGGUUCUAUUUACUGUUUAAAACUACAAAGAGUCUUCUGGCAUCUUAAAGACAAAUGUAUUACGUCAUAGGCUUUUGUGGACCAAAGGCCACUUCAUCAGAUGCACAAUUAAAAACAAAUGUACUAUCAGUUGCUCUUUGACUUUCUUUUUAAAAUCCUGUUCAUGUGUAUGACUCUUCCCCGACUUUCUUCAUAAUUUAUAUCAGUAUUUCCUCCACUCAUCCCAGUAUGGCUCGAAAGAAAACUGUUAGAAGCUCAGCAAGGCUUUUCAGCAUUAACUGAGGUAGUGAACAACUGAACUGUAGAGGGCAGUACUGGAUGGAAGAAUGAGAAAGUUUACUCUUAAUUUAAAACAAGGUAGAUAUCUGGAUACAGCAAGCAAUUCUACGCCCGCUUACCUAGGAAUAAGUGUAAUUGAAUUCAGUGAUCCUUACUUCUGAAUAGAUGUGUAUAGGAUUGCAUUAUUGUAUUUCCAAAGAGCUCAAGGUGGCACACCUGAUUCUUUUCUCCCCUCCCUGCUUUUAUAUUCACAACAACUCACUUAAAACAAAGAAAAUAACAUUCAACAAUCCAUUAGAAUAUGAUUGUACACAAUAAAACUAACUCUCAUAAUAUCAGUAAAUAACUCUCAACAAUGACAACACAAUAAAUCAUUGCUAAACUAUCAUCAAUAAAAAUAACAGCAAGUCACAAUACAGUAACAUCAGAGGAGAAACAAAGGAAACUAAUAACAGCAAGUCAUAAUACAAUAACAUCAUGGAAACUAAUAAAGUGGAAUGAUGUUUGGAUGGUCCAGUAUACAUCCACCAGACAUGCACUAUUAUUGGGCCAUGACAUGUUGCAGAACACGCUGGUGAAAAGACGAGUCUGAAAGGGCCCCUGAGAAAUCACUCAGUGAAGUUUAAGGCCAAGAGAAACUCUGAUCUGAAGACGGCACUGACAUGGCAGUUUAUUCUAUUUUAACAUUUCCUUGUUAAUUUCUUGUUAAUAUUUGAGCUUUCGCACAAUGUAAAAGCCACCUCUGGAACUAAUAUAGCACAAGUUUAGUUCUCACUUCCAUAUUAUUUGCAAAUGGAUUUUUCCCUUGGAAACAACCUGGAAAUGAACACUAAACUUGCACUGUGUUAUUCCACUAUGGUUCCAGAAGCGGCUUUUACGUGAAAACUCAGAUAUAAUGCAGAACUUAAGAGUUGGGGAACAGUCAUGAAAACAAACUAAACUGCCAGAUCAGGGAGAAACCUGGCUCUCCUCGUCCUAGUGCAUCACACGACACAGACCCUUUAAACAGAAGUUAGGUAAAGGGACCCCUGACCAUUAUGUCCAGUUGCGGAUGACUCUCGGGUUGCGGCACUCAUCUCGCUUUAUUGGCCGAGGGAGCCGGUGUACAGCUUCCGGGUCAUGUGGCCAGUAUGACUAAGCUGCUUCUGGCAAACCAGAGCAGCGCACAAAAAUGCCGUUUACCUUCCCGCCGGAGUGGUACCUAUUUAUCUACUUGCACUUUGACGUGCUUUCGAACUGCUAGGUUGGCAGGAGCUGGGACCGAGCAAUGGGAGCUCACCCCAUUGCGGGGAUUUGAACCACCGACCUUCAGAUCAGCAAGCCCUAGACUCAGUGGUUUAGACCACAGUGCCACCCACACCCCAAAUAGUAAUUGUGUAGAGGCUAGAGGACUAUGCACUUGACCAUAUUUACUCGACUGGUUCCCCCCCUUGUUUGCUUGCAAGGUGCUUUGGGGUUGCCUUGGGCAAGAUAAAGCAACUAACAAAUGUAAUAUAAAUAAGUAAAUAAAAAUACUGAAUGAAUGAAUAAAUCGAUUUAUUUCAGUUACUGACCAGAGUGCAAACAUAUGCAACAACAGAGAGCAUACAAAUAUAAAUAGAGUAAAAUUAAUCUCUAAGAGCUGAAGCACGAUAAAUAAUUUAGACACAAAACAGCUCUCUCUCUAUGUUAAAACCUUAUAUGAAAAUACUGAGCCAGAACAGUGGUCUAAGCAGCCCACAGCUGUCUCUUCAGAGGGGCAGAGGAUUCCCCUAGCUCCUGGCCUUUUAAUUGGACAUACCGAGGAUAAAACAUAAGCAAGGUCGAUGGUCCAUGUAGCCAGGACUGGAUUUAGGUUUGAUGAGGCCCUAAGCUACUGAAGGUAAUGGGGCCAUUUAUAUGUCCAGCUGUCCUUUGUCAACAACAAAUUGUUACUGUUUUUCUGUUGAAUAUAUGCUAUGGUAAUUUAUGGACCUAAUAGGUAUCUAAAGACAUUUGCACAUGUUGCCAUGCAACCAGUCCAUGCAGAAUGUAGGCACCCUGUAUAUAGAAAUGAGCAAACCAGUGAUAUUUUAGGGAGCAGGCAGGGGCCAUUACUUACCGUACAUCAUAGGAGCCUAGACAACACAAAACACCGUUGCUGUAUGUAGGUUUCAUUUUAUUUGUUUUUAUCUUAUAUUUUGGAAAUGUACAUCCAGGUGUUUUUUUCCUUUAAUUUUUUUGAGGACCCCCCAAGAGAGUGGGGCCCUAAGCUAUAGCUUGUUUUGCUUAUAUGUAAAUUCAAAAUUAAAAGACGCCUGCUCCUUGGGAGAAAGGCGAUGGCAAACCUAGACAGCAUCUUAAAAAGCAGAGACAUCACCUUACCAACAAAGGUCCAUAUAGUUAAAGCUAUGGUUUUCCCAGUAGUGAUGUAUGGAAGUGAGAGCCGGACCAUAAAGAAGGCUGAUCGCCGAAGAAUUGAUGCUUUUGAAUUAUGGUGCUGGAGGAGACUCUUGAGAGUCCUAUGGACUGCAAGAAGAUCAAACGCACCCAUUCUUAAGGAAAUUAGCCCUGAGUGCUCACUGGAAGGACAGAUCGUGAAGCUGAGGCUCCAAUACUUUGGCCACCUCAUGAGAAGAGAAGACUCCCUGGAAAAGACCCUGAUGUUGGGAAAGAUGGAGGGCACAAGGAGAAGGGGACGACAGAGGACGAGAUGGUUGGAUAGUGUUCUCGAAGCUACCAGCAUGAGUUUGACCAAACUGCAGGAGGCAGUGGAAGACAGGAGUGCCUGGCGUGCUCUGGUCCAUGGGGUCACGAAGAGUCGGACACGACUAAACGACUAAAUAACAACAACAAAUCCGGCACUGGUCCAAGCAGCCCACAGCUGUCUGAGAGGGGAAGAGGACCCCCCAACUCCUGGCCUUUUAAUUGGACCUGCCGAGGAUAAAACAUAAGAAAGGCCGAUGGUCCACGGAGCCUAGCAUCCCACAAGCAGGACUUUGAACGCCCUCUCUCCACAGAGAGCCAAACGCAGCCGAGGGGAUCGUUUCCAGCGCGACCCUCCCUUGCCCCAGGGGGCGCUCUCGCCAACGACGCACCCCCAACCCCACCGCUUCCUCUCCCACUCCCUGUAAGCCGCGGCCGGCCAGGCCUGUCUCUCUUGCGUUGACUCCGCGUCCCAGCCCGUUGCUAAGCGACCGCGCGCGCUUCUCUCCCCGCGGCGGGCCAGAGCUGCUGCCGUCGUCGUUGGCGGCCGCUGAGGAGGGAGAGGCUGGGAAAGGACGAGAUGGGGAGAGGUGGAACCGAGCCGUGAGGGAACCGCUUUCGGGUUGGCGCGGGAGGAAUCGCGGAGCGAGGUUUGCUUGAAAUGUUUCGCGGGGAAAAGUUAACGUCGGGCGAGGAUUUGGCGCGAAGCAGCCGCGUGGCAGAAAUCCAACAGGUGCAGGUUUCCAUCGUCGUGGGAAACCCCCUAAGUCAGGCAUAGGCAAACUCGGCCCUCCCGAUGUUUUGGGACUACAACUCCCAUCACCCCUAGCUAACAGGACCAGUGGUCAGGGAUGAUGGGAGUUGUAGUCCCAAAACUUCUGGAGGGCCGAGUUUGCCUAUGCCUGCCCUAAGAGGAAAGGGGCUUGCCCUGUUGAAUUUUUCGGUCCCAACUCCAUUGUUUAGGGGUAGUCGGAGUCCAUGAGCAACUUGAGGACCACGGAUUCCCAGCCCCAGCCUGAAAGGCGCAGGACCGACCCUGCCAGUGGGUGGGUGUGGGAUGGAUGUGGGGACUAUAUGGCCUGUGCCAGAUUUAUGUAUAGUAGUACCUCGGGUUACAUACGCUUACAUAUGGUUACUGUAAUGCUUCAGGUUACAGAUUCCGCUAACCCAGAAACAGUACCUCAGGUUAAGAACUUUGCUUCAGGAUCAGAACAGAAAUUGCGCAGCGGUGGUGCGGCAGCAGUGGGAGGCCCCAUUAGCUAAAGUGGUGCUUCAAGUUAAGAACAGUUUCAGGUUAAGAAUAGACCUCCAGAAAGAAUUAAGUUCGUAACCCGAGGUACCACUGUGUAAGCUAAACAAGCUAUAGCUUAGGGCCCCACUUUCUUGGGCCCCCCAAAUUUUUUAAAGGAAAAAACCACUGUAUUAAUUGUAUUUCAGUUCAACAAUUACUUUGGUAAAAUACAUAUUGUGUUAUGUGCAAAUGGAUUUAGAUAUCUAUUAGGUAUCUAUUAGGUACCUAUAGCAUAUAUUCAACACAAAAAACAGCGACAAUUUGUUGUUGGCAAAGGACAGCUGGACAUAUAAAGGGCCCCAUUACGUUCAGUAGCUUAGGGCUUCAUCAAACCUAAAUCUGGCCCUGCCUAAAGGGCACAGGACCCUGCCAAUGGGUGGGUGCGGGAUGGAUGAGGGAACUAUAUGGCUGCUGUGUGUGAUGACUUGGUUGUAUAUAAUCAGCUAGACCUGUUGCGAAAGUAAAAAAAGGCGUCCCCAAUUAAUUAUGCAGCAGAUUCUUUUUUUUUUUUUAAAAAAGCAAGUAUUUUGUUAAAAUGGCAGACAGCAAUCUCUGUCUUAAAAGAGGCAUUUCUUCCUCUUUUGCUCAGGAGGUAAGGCCUCUCCUAAGAAGGCACCUGGUAUAACUUUCACACACAUCAUGUAAAAAAGUCAGCACUUGUGCUGUUUCAGAAUCAUUGCCUUUUACUUAUAUGUACAAUUGUGCAAAUUAACUAACAUUUAUUUUAUCAACUUGCUUUUUCUAAUAGGCAGUACCCUUAUUGGAAACUAUUUAGUCAAAUUAAUGUUGAAAUAUUCGGGAUUUAUUUAUUUUUACAUCCCACCUUUUCUCCACGGAGCCCAAGUGGCAUAAAUGGUUUUCUCCCUCCUCAUUUAAUCCCCACAGCAACCCUGUGUGCUAGGUUAGGCAGAGAGACUAUGACUGGCCCAAGAUCACCCAGUGAGCUUCAUGGCUGAGGCUGAACAUUUUAUCAAUCUGUCAGUCAGUGAUAUAGUUUGCUUGUUAUUUGUGUGUUACCUGUGGUGCUGGGGAAGGAGAAAAAUUAAAUGGGACAAUUGAAGCCCUCCUGUUCCUCUCUCUGACUAACCAUGGUAAAUUAAAUGUUUGUGGCUUUUCUGUUUUUCUUCUCCUUUUUCAGACUUCCUAGCAGUUCUUCAAAAAAUAUUUAGAGCUUCAUAUAAAUUAGCAUAUCUGGAAUCACUUUUCAGCUUGUCCACAUGAAGCUCCCAGAUAUGCUAAUUUACAAAGUCAAGAAUAUUAAGAGGUCUCUUAAUCUUUUAUAGCUAUGAAUUUUAAUCACAUAUAAGUAAAAUUCUAUGCUUAUUUCUUGAAAGGUGCAAAGAAAUGGCUAGAAAACAUGAGCAUUUUGGCUUAAGCUAUUUGGAAGAAUUGCGUAUCCUUAAGGAACGUGAAAAUAUCUGCAAAGAAUCUCGACAGAAAUUUGUCAAGUUUAAACAAGCAAUUGCUGAUGUUCAUGGAGAACUGGAAAAAUCCAAUUUGGAGGUUGAACCACCUGAAACAACCUUGUCUUAUAGGAGCUCAAGGAGCCCAUCCCCACAUCUUGAAAGUACAGAUUCUUCUCUUGAAGUGGAUUCUUCUAAACGUCUGAAAGCAGUUAGGAUCACUGUUACCGGCCUGGACGAUCAAACACAAGAUGUCACAACUUCACAAAAGACAUCUAAGAAAGAGGGCAAUGUUGACAAGAAACAGUCCCCUAGUUUUAAGAAAACAACCUCAGAAAUCAAAAGUGAUAACAUGGAAGGUGAACAUGAACAAGUUGCAGUAGCAAUAGCUUCUUUCGUAGGUACAAGCAAACAACUCACAAUGCUAAAGAAACCAGAGCCCCCACCGAAACCCAAAUAUCAAAGGAGUCAUGCGAAAUCACCAGCUAAAUCUGUUGCUCUACAGAAAAACAGUUUGGGUAUGGAACAACUAAAGCAAAAAAUAACAUUUGAAGAAGUAGUUGUUUCUACAGUUGGAGGAACCAGUGCUUUAAAUGUAGAAGCUGAUGACACACAUUCUGUGGUUUCUGGUUCAAGUGGAAAAUCUGAUAUGUUGAAAGAAAUUUCAAAACCAUGCUUAUUAGGUUCAAUAUUUGAUGUUGAAAUAUCAGUUAGUAAAAGAAGCAGUGGCUCAUCUAGUAUGAAGUCUGCUGCAGAGGCUUUGGUAGAAAUUUCAUGUGGGAGUACAUCAAGCAUUUCAAAAGCGAGGCACCUCGCGCGAAGUAGGUCACAACUACAGCGUUCCCUGCAAAAGAUGCCUUCUGGAAUAGCUGUAAGGUCUAUUGAUGAAAUUAUUGCAUCCCUGAAGUCUACUAUACCAACUCCCUCGGACCUGAGGAUCAAAGAACUUGUGGAGAGUAUUCUUGGUCAGGACUACAACGUAAACAAAGCAGUAGGUGGACUUAGAAUGCGUGAAAUAUGUUUGGUUUUAUUUUUAAAAUUUGCAUAUUUUUCUCUGAAACCUACACUGUGCUGUAACACAGAUAAAAAGUAGUACCUUAUAAAACUAAUAGUUAGACUGGGCAAAUAUAAAUGCAUCCUCCUUUGAUAGGUUUUCUGUAGUUUAAUAGAUAUAUUAGUAGAAGUAUCCUGGAAGUACACAAAAGCCAUAGUUGCAGCCUGCUGCAAAGUAUGUAUGUAUGCAUUCCUGUGUGUGUGUGUGUGUGUGUGUGUGUGUGUGUGUACAGGCUUCAUCCUGGUGGUUCAAAGUGAAUUAAAAUGGGUUAAAAUAAAAUAAAACAAAACACUUAUUCUGUUUCUGACUAGGGCCCUAGGGAAGAGUUUCAUGCAUGUGAAACACAUACUGAGGGUGCUUGUCUACAUGACUUUCAUGUUUGAGUAUCAUGUGCAGCUUUCCAAGUUGAUAUUGGAUGCAGAGAUUGAUGUAGUGCCUAACCUACAGUAUACAGAGAUCAAGUUCAUAGGUAUGGUACAGCUUGAAUUGUGCCAGAAAUGUAUAGGAUCAUAGUAGAGUGGUUAUUGAUAGAACGUGCUUUAAAAAAAUUAUACGGGAGAUUCCACACUUACAUUAGCAUCAACUUCAGCAAAAUGUUUUACUGUUGUUUGACACUGGUGUACUUUCUAAUAUAUUUAUAUAUAUUUUCGUACAAUGAAGAUAUUAGCUAUGAAUGAAGAACUUCAGGCGAGAGAACAAGGGACUCCAGCUGUAGAAGUUUCACCUUUGGAAAUGGAACAGGUAAAAUUGAUAAGGUUCAAAGCAUUAUCAGAGAAUGAUGUUAAUUUUUUAGUAUUGUUUCAGAGGACUGCUCUAAUAAAUAUUUUAGUCCUUUAUCAUAUACGCUGUAGCUGCAGAUUGAAACGAAGGAAUAUUGGUUGAACUGAAUCUCCACUUGCCCUGUCACUUGUACAUAGUAGCAUAGGGCCACUGAUCCCCCCCAGUACGGAGCACAUUGACUCCAUAAGAAACUACUAUGGAGGAUUUGGGGACCUGGAGCACCAUGUGAAAUGACAAAGCCUGCAGCUUGUGGGAAUUGGUAACAUAGCUUCCCGGUAGGUGAGCAGACCUUUAGAUCCAGGCCUAAAUGUGAAAAGAAUCUAAAUUGUAUCACAUAGUAGUACAUACUAUGUAAACAAAUGCCUUCCUCAUGGCUAAAAGAUGAUGCUAAGAAUCAUGCUUUUUAAUCUUAAUCUUUGCAGGCCACAGCACAACAGGCCAGUGGCCACAGAGGCAGGGAAAUGACAGUGUGAUACAAUAAGUAAGACAAGACACCACUUUGAAUUGAAAAAUUGGCCACAACUUGAUUACAGAUGUAAGAUGGAUUUUGGCAUGGGCAUUGGGUUUGUAUCCUGGAUCAGCAACCUGCUUGCUGACUGAUAUCCCCAUCAGGGUAGAGCCUGGCAAAAGGAUAAUCCCCAUUGAUACAGAUCUAAUGGUGGAAUUCCAUAGGAUGCCAUUCAGGGAUGUUCUAUAACCUGUUGUCCCCCAUCAAAUGCUUUCAUUAUGGCUAAAAUGUGACAUCAAAGAUCAUGCUUUUUAAUCUUAAUAUUCUUCUUUCUUUCUCAAGCCACCACCUGUUAAAAAAGACCAUCUGGCAACAGAGUUGGCACCUGAAGAACUGACACCAGAAGAUGCUGAACAAGUGAAAGUGGUAUAGCUUAAGCUUCUGUUAUAGAAAAAUAUUUGUUUCUUAACCUGAUAUUCUACGCUGUUCUGCCUAAUGGCAGCAGAACAUAGAAUUGAUUAUUAAGCUUACAGAGAAUGAGAAUGCAUGCCAUUGCUUUGGUACUGGGACAAUGCCUUUAUAUGGAGAAGGAGCAUUGCGCUAGCUGAGGUUGUGCUCCAGAUUUGGAAUGGAUUACAAAAUAAACUUGCACAUGCAAAAAGUGGUGGUGGUAGGUACAGUUAGGAGACAAGAUGGGUUAUGUUGCACUGCUGUUUACUGCUAGUCAGUUUAGGGAGGUUCUUUAACAUUUGCACAAACACCCCCACCCCACUGCAAGGACUAAAAGUGGCCACAGUUAAAUUUCACUGUCAGGGUGAAAUAAACUAGUAUAACAGAACUUGCUUUAGCCACUUUACAAUAUACUGUACCUUGUAUUCCAACUAUUUUAUAUCUGUUGAAAGCAAAUGAUGAAAUGAGAGCUGAAAACAAACUUGGUUUUAUAUACAUAAUGUUAUAUAUUUUAUGUUAUUUCUACAGUUAAAUAUCCUAAUUUGAAAUAGAAUCUGCUUCCUUUUCUCUUUUGUUUUGAAAAUCUCUCUUUAAAAAAAAUAUAUCUUUAUUAAUUUAAAAUAAAUACAUUUACGAGAAAACAGAUGUACAUACAAGUAAACAAGCAUACAAUCAAACAAACAAAUAACAGAAAAUCUCAUGAAUAUUCCUUGAAUUGUUUUUGUUAGCAAUGACUUACUUAUAGUUAAAAUUUAAAAAUAUAUAUAUUGUAAGCGUUAGCUGCCUGCCUUGUGUGAUGCAGCUGCCCUCCCAUCACAGCUGCAGUUUGGCUGGACAGGGCUUGGGUAGAGAACGAUGGUGGUGAGGUUGGGUGUGUGCAAGGAUGCUGGCAGAGCUAAUCUAGUGCUUCUGCUAGUAUGCCUGGGCAGCCUCAACAUGACUGCCUCCAUGCCCCCACCUCACGGUCUCAACCGGGUACCGGUAAUCUACAGCAAUGCCAGCACUGGGAGGAUGACUCAACCACACAGGCUGCUACUGGUUGUAAUGAAGCAUAACAAUUACUACUUGUGUUAUGGCUGCUUCUGAAAAUUGACAUCCCUGUACCUUUGCCAAGGAAAGAGCUCCCUUCUUUUGAGAAUCCAUUCAAGCCCGUUGAUUUGGGGCAGUAAGAACAACUGCUGCUGGGUUGGCAGGCAUAUAAGCAUUGGGUCUCUGAUUAAUAUACAAUAUCCUUCCUCCAACCUGGUGCCCUCCAGAUCUUGUGAACUGCAAGUCUUAGCAGCCCCAUUCAGACUGACAGGGCUUGGGGAUAAUGGGGUUGUAGUCCAACAAACCUGUGAUGGGCUACAGGUGUAGUAUUCCUGGUGAAGAUGAUACAGCUUGUUCAUAAAACAUCACUUCUUUCAUCCAUGAUGAUUGAUACUGUAGAUUGUAUAUUUGCCCUUUAUUUUCUCUAGGCUAUACCAGGAUCAUCACGAAGAGCGAGCUUUCCCCAGGCUCACCAUCCCCAAGCUCAUUUUCAAAUGGAAGCCGCAAGAAUGAGAGAAGAUAUUGCUGAAGUUAAGGUAAAACUUAAAUUCUAAACUUUCUUGUUUCUGACUACUCCUUUCUUUGCUGAUACUACCUGUAUUAUUCUCUUUCCAAGCUGCUGUUUUAUGCAUCCUUUUUCUUAUUCUUGUAUCCCAUGUGCCAUCUGUUUUCUCAGUGUGAGCCUAGUCUUUGAGCAGGGUGCCUCCAGUAUGCCAAUGACACUUAGCUCUGUUUAUCUUGACAUCAGAAUUAGGUGAAGCUGUGCAGAUUCUAGACUAUUGGAGGGCUGGAUAAAGCUGUAUAAAGAAUCCCAGCAAGUCGGAUGCCCUGUGAUUGGGUAGUUCUCCAGGUGCUCUCAGAUUAAACUGGUGAAGUGCUGUAUCUCAGUGAAAAACCACCAGACUUGCAUGCAGAAGGUUCCUGGUUCAGUCCAUGCAUCUCCAGGCAGGACUGGGACAGAUUCCUGGCACUGAGCAAUUGGCGUAGAUUAGGGAUUCUGCUGCUUUACCACCUGCCUUGCUGCCCAGCAGUCUCCCUGCCUGAGCUGACAGUCUUGGAGGUGGUGUUGAGGACUCCCAGACUGCUGGUUCUAGGGACCUUCAACAUCCAUGCUGAGGCGACUGGCUUUGGGGUGGCUCAGGACUUUAUGGCUGUCUGAAUGUCUGACCAGCUUUAUAUCAUGGUUGUUAAUCAGCUUCCUAUGUUUGGUGAGCCUUUUAGAAAAGACAAAAAUGUUAUUCUUUUGGUAAUUUAUUCUGAGCAGGUCUCCCAUACAGUAGACAAGGAAAAAGGAUAGAAUGACUGAAAAAGAUAAAAUGACUGUUUCUUCUAUGUAAAGUAAAGCUGGGAUUGGUUGAUUUGCUAAUUUAGGUGGUUGGGAAUAGGGUUUGGUAAACUUUGGACCAUGGAAUGAGAAAUCAAAACAAAAGCUUAUUUUUAAAAUACUUUGUAUUAUUUUAGAUUUAAUUUUUUUAAAAAAAUAUUUAUAUAUUUAUUUUAUAUAAUUAUUUUCCUGAACAUCAGGAAGACUAGUCUUACAGUAAGAGCUGGUUGACAGUGGAACAGACUCACAUAAGAGCUGGUGAACUCUCCUUGGAGAUUUUUAAACAGAGGUUAGAUCAUCUUGUAUGAUCUAGUUGAGAUUUCUGCAUUGCAGGAAGUUGGACUAGAUGACCCUUCCAACUCUACCAUUUUCUCUAUUGUUUUAAACAUAGCAAAUUAAAAGCUAAUCAUUCUCACAGUGUAAAGUUAUGCUUGUUUACUUGGAAGUAAAUUCCACCAUAUGAUUGGCAGCCACAAAGAGCAAGAUCACUGAUUACUUGUAAUGUUUGAAAAGGAGGCCUCUUAAAUGCCUCUUAGGUGAAACAUAAAGUGAACCAUAUAAUACCAACCAAUGCUGCUAUAGAGAACAGGCCAACCCACACAUGUAACAAGAUUCAAGGAUCUGUGUUGCAGCAACCUCAGAUCAGAGGAGUGGGGAUGUUCUGUGGCACAAGCAUUGUAAUAAAAUAAAGAGAUGCAGGAAUUGCCCGUGUAGAGCACUAUAGUAGUCCUCAGAUUAAUAGAGGAGCAUGGGUCGGUUGGGUCUUGGUAGCAAAACGACACCAUUAUUUCUACUAGCCAGAAGAAAUUAUGUGAAAAGUACCUCUGAGCAUGUGCACAGUUCCUUUUUCAUUACCCUGAGCAAUAACAGCUUGUCCCUUCCCUAUACAGAAUUAGUGAAAAGGAUAGAGGGCAAGGUUCCUUCACAGACCUCAACCUCAUUGUUUACAUUUAAAAAAAUUAAGCACUGCCUCACCUUCUUCUCAAGUAUACUGUAUGUUGCUGUUAAACUUAGGGACAAAACAGAUGUGACACCUUUCAGACAAUAAGCAAUAGCAGGUCCAGUCUGGAUCAGGACCUUGUGCAGGAUCAAUAUUUCAGUGUUAUAUGUUUGAGCUAAAUAUUUUCAUACUUAGCUAGAUUAGGAGCCGAUAUAUAUAUAUAUAUAUAUAUACACACACACACACACACACACACACACACACAUAUAUGUGUGUGUGUGUGUGUGUGUGUGUGUGUAUAUAUAUAUAUAUAUAUAUAUAUAUAUAAAAUUGAGGGAAGUAGAAAUGCAUAUCUAGACUAAAAUGUCCUCAUAGGCUGAUGAAGAAGUGACUGAAACGCCAAGAGAGAAAGUAGAGCAUUCCUCAUUAUCAUCUUCACAAGAGGUAAUAAGCUUCCAUGAAAGUGAAGAGAGUUCAUCUUCAGAGAUUGUACAGUUACAAGAGCCAACUCCUCCAGAGCAAAAAGAUGUGAAAAAGGCCAUACCUGAACCAUCACAGGUAAGAGAUAAAUUUUAAAAUACCAUUUAUUCAUAUUUAGAUCUCGGAAAGACUCUCUACAGAAAGGACUCGUAAGCUAUUAAGUCACCUUAAGGAAAAAACAAAGGAGGGAGUGAUCUCUUUGAUUAUUUUGGUUGCCCUUUUCUGAACUUUUGCCAACUUUGCAAUAUUCCUUUGGAGGUGAGGCAACCAGAACUGUACACAGUAUUCCAAGUGCAGUCAUACUCUAAAUUUGUAAAAUGGCAUUAUGACAUCGGCAGUUUUCUUUUCAGUUCCCUUCUAGCAUGGAAAAGGAUAAUUAGGAAAUAAUUUGAAAAUAAACCAAAUACUAAGGAAAGUAGCCUGUAAUUUCCAGGAUCUUCCUGAGUCCCUUUUAAAAAAUGGAUGUUACAUUGACCACUUUCCAGUCUUCAGAUAUGGAUGCUGAUCUUAGGGACAAAUCAUAGACGUUCAUUAGAACAUAAACAUCUGAAUCAGGAGAGGCUGUGAAAGGUCUGGACUGGUAUGUGCAUGCAUUAGUGUACUGUAUGAGGGCCAAUAAUCUGUACUUGAAUUUUGGAAAGAGAGAUGCUGUUUGGGUGAGUGGUCUCUAUGUUUGGGUGGUUGGCAAAUUAUUUUGCUUUCAUUUUUGCCUCCUCACAGAGAUCUAGCUUCACCUUUGAGAAGCUCCAAAUUCUUCCAAGGCAUCCCACUUUGCAUUGGAAUUUGUGAAAUUCCAGCACACACUCUUACUAAAUAUCUUAUGCUAGAUAGAGUAUCAGCAACUUACCUGCUCAGAGCAAGGGUCUCCCUCACAUGUUUUAUGAUAGACCAGCUCCAUUUAUGAAAACCAGCUCCAUUUUAUCUCCUUAAAGUUUGGAGGGGGUGGGGAAGAUUGAUAAUGAAGAGAAAUUCUUCAUUCAAGAGUGUUGAACGGAAUUGAGGCAAACAUCACUUGUGCAGAUAACACAUUGGAAGAGGGUAAGUUUUGCUUUUCUACUUCAGAAAGGCAGCUGUCUUGUCCUGAAUCUGAUAAGGAAAAGUGUGGAAGACAUGCUAAUUCUUCUUGAUCAAGGCUUCAGCUUUUAUGUAUUUAAUAAUUCUGGUUUUAGGGUUGCUUUCCAUAAUUUAACAUGGACAGAUGGCCUGUCUGUGGUUGUGGCCAUGCCUAACAACAGGGAGGAGCAAGGGAUUUUUAAAAAAAGGGGUAGGAAUAUUACUGCACAUCUGAACAAAUAACCCAACUGUGAGGCUGUUGAAAGUUUACUUUAGCCAUUCUUUAUUAAUGUUCUUGACUUUACUGUUGAAUUUUAUCCCUGUAUAGAAGUCUCUGUCCUCAGACAUAGAGCUGGAAAUAAAAGGCAAAUCAAUUCCAAAGGCUAAACCAGUUAAAAUUCAGGAGGAUUUAGAAGAUCUUGAUGAACAGCAUCCCGUAUCUCUGCUUUCCACUUGGACUACAAAGAUCAAGUGAGCUUAAAAAUAUUUCCUUUUUAGCACUAAUUUAUUUAUUUUUAUUAGUUUUCCAAUAUACCCCCAAUAAAAAAAUUAUAACAGUAGCAAUUAAUUCCCAAAUUAUACAAUUAUCAAAAUGCCAAUCAACUUCCAAUUAAUACAUUUUAGUUAAAAUGGCUCCCCGCAUGGUGGUUUGGGUUCAUUUCCGAUCUGUGUUACCUAAUCUUAAUGUCAGUUACAUUUAAGUCAUAAUAAUCAUCCCAUAGUCAACAGCUACAUAAUUAAUGAUUUCCAUUUGUGAUAAGGAAUAAGGAAGGGCUGCCUUAUAUCUUGUUGUAAGUCACAUUGGAAACCAUCCACCUGAAUGUCCACACCCCCAAAGUCUGUCCCCAUCCUCCACAUAACCUCCCUGAAUGUGGAAAAAUGUGGGUAGAGGGGCCACAUGUUUGAAACAACCCUGCUUUUUCACUUAUUUCUUAAAAUCUCGCCAUCUUGCAUAUUAUGUGCUGAGUGGUACACAUAGUUCCUUGCAAUCAUACCUGCUUUAAGUUACACUCCUAUGCCUACUUACCUGAGAAUAUGCUCCAUUUAACCUACUGGGACUUACUGAUGAGUAGAUCUGAUUACUUUUGAGUAAACGUACAUAGGCUUGUGGAGAUAGUGGCUAUGCUAUAAUCCAUAGAAUUGAUGAAAGAAAUUAACCAAUUAGAUGUACUCCUCUUAAAGAUCCUGGUACUUUUAAUAAGUCUUGUCUGUGGCAGACUGUGGUGCAUGGCUUCCCUAUUAAUUGUAUGCAUGCUUUAUUUCAGUAAGUUCUGUUGCAUUCUUCAGAACUUAAUUCAUUAAAUAUGUUUGGUAUUGGCCCUUCAAUUGAAUGAUGUGCCUGCCAUCAUUUCCUUUACAGUAUUUAUUUAUUUUCACAUUUGUUUUUCAGUUUUGCACCCUUUGGAAUAGUAACUUCUUAGGGUCAAAUGUGUUUUGGAAUACCCCAGGUUACUCCUCCACUACUUUAUUGGUGUAGGAAAAAAGCUUUAAUUACUAGCUUUUGUUGUGAUUCAAGCCCUGAAAAGUUUCUGGGACACGGAAGAGAGCCUUUUUAUGGCAAGUCUGAAGUUUGUAAAUGGAUAUUACUUUCAAUUAAGUAACCGAGAGCAGACUCAUGGGAAAAGAAUUCCAAAGUUUAUGAAACGGUCAAAUUGGCAUUUAAGUGACCCUGUGCAUGCCAUUGCUUAUCUACAUUGCUUUAAGUUCAUUUGGUUAGCAAGAUUAUGUAUUAAAACAAAUAAUGACAGCAGACAAUGAGUAUUUUACUUCAGUAAAAAGUUACUGUCAGAUUAUCAAUGGUGCAGAAAAAGCAUGAUUUUGUGAAAAAAAGUUAUUGAGUGCAUUAAGUGAGGUUAAUGUAGGCCACACACAUAGUAUUGGUUUUUCUUUGUCUUCUCUUUCAAAGGAUGAUAAAUAGAGUGCUUAAGGAGAGUGUGUGCUGUAAAAACACACACCUUUACCUGCAACAUGUUCUAAAUAUUUUAGUUUUUUGUUAGGAGUGUUUCCAUUUUUGUCCAUUACCGGUAAAUGAUUCCAUCUUCUUUUGGAGCUCAAGCAAAGGGGCACAAUAAACUAUGGUUCAGUUGUUAUUUUCUCAGUUAGAUUAAAAACAAAACCUGUUAACAAAACACAAUGGGUAACAUUGUAAUUGAUGACUGUGAUUAAUUAAACUUGUCUGUUAUGCUUUCUUUUGAGAGCUACAGAAUUGUAACUUUUUAUAUUUGAAAAAGGGUGACAGGGAAAUUGUAUUGUGGAAGAAAAUGGAAAUGUGUGCGAGGUAGUUGUUUACGGUAUAUAAUUGUUUAAGAAAUUUUGCAGUACAGACUACCAUGUGCAGAAACACUAACCCAUAACUUUGCAACACUUUUUCUCACCUGCAUUACAUACAUUCUGUAUUGUUCCAUUGUAGUUUGAUUCAAAACAUCAAAAAUAGCUGCUUGAACACCGCACCUCUGGGAAGGAGCUUCUUUACCCAGUGUAGCAAGAUCUGUCAUAGUUUUUGGUCUUGCCUUCUCUUUCACCCUCAAAGAAAGAAAAUGAUCACUACCGUGUUGUUUUAUAGAGGGGUGGGUCAGCAGGUUCCAUAGAAGACCUCUACCCCCCAGUAUGGUGACUUUUCUCCAUGUGUGAUAUUUCACAUAAUUCAUUUCCACAUUCCCUUGGGAGGAGUGCACUGUGCUCUCUCUCCCCUCCCCUCCCCUCCUCUCCCUCCCUCUUCAAAGAGGGCACAAGCCCAGAGGCAAAGAGCCACAGAACAAGCACCCUUUGGCUUUUGCCCUUCAGCUUGCGCCAGAAUGCUUGCACCACUUCCAAGGCAUGGGCUUUUAAAGUUAUUUGGAGAGGAGCAGAGCAGACAGCCCCAAUCAGUUUAACAGGUUCCAGACAGAAACAUACAGGUCCAGACUCAGUAACUUUAAAAUUAAUAUCUACAUGCAUCAACUGGUAAUGAUCUUUAUUUUCUUUCUAGAGAUGUGGAUCACCCACUUAUUCACCUUCUUUGUGAGGCUUGCCCAAGAUGUGUGUUGCCUGUUCAUCUGCAGCUUGCUUCCAGAAUACACCAUACUAUAGACAAAAGGGGUCAUAAUGUUUUAUUACCACCAGUUAAUCUUUGCAGUGACCUCUCAGAGCAGUUCUUACCAUCCACUCCUGCUUAUGAUGAAUUUAUGGCAAGAGAAAGGUAUGAUUAGAAAAUACUUUGUGUAAUGUUUUUGUCUUGCCGAGUGAGCACUAUGAUGCAGUUCUAUGUAACAGUGAAUAUUUUGUUCUGGUGGAAGAACCAAUUCACACAACUUUAUUUGCAUUCCAGGAAUAACAGAAGUCUACAGAUUUGUGUCCCUCCUUCCUGUGGCACACACUGAGUUUUUGUGGCUCCUGCCAGUGGCGGAGCUUCAUGCUCCGGCACCGGGGGGCGGAGAGCAGGCGGGUGCAUGGCUGGUGCGUGUCCCAGGGGCGUGGCAUGCGCCUGGGGGCAUGAAAUGCUGCCUGCGGGGGCGUGGCGCGCCACCUGUGGGGGUGUGGCACCCAGCGCAGGCAGGAGGGCAGCUGCGAUGGCACCCCACCGGGAUUGUGCUGCUGGGGGCAGUGCGCUCUCCCCGCCCCCCUCUUCCUCUGCCAGUGGCUCCUGCUGCCUUUCCCCAGCACAGCUGGUGCUCAGUGCAUGAGGUUCCUACCCAUCCCUGGCCUUUCAGUCCUGGACCAACUGCAGGGGGCAUAUUUUUUGGCAGCAAACAUUGAACAAGUGAGGAUUGCUCCGGCCUCUGAUGUGCUCACCUGCCCUCUUCUUCUGGAAGACUUUGCCUGCUUCAGUGUCCUCUCUUUUUUGGGUGGUGCAAUAGGAAGGACUGGGCCAGCAAGCCUUCCAUUGAGAAGUGGCAGAACUCAGAGAAGGUGGUCCUGCCAAAGAGGUUCUAGUGGGGAGGCCCAGGCCCUCUCAGAGGUUUGGAGAGGCCCAGCUUUUAAGACUCCUAACCAGAAGAAGAAUAACAAUUACCGAAAUAAAAAUAUCCGAAAACAAGGCGCAAAAAUAGAGUGAGACAUAGUUUGAUUUUUAAAAUUUAUUUAACAAUAGCUUUUCUAACUUUUUCUAGCUGAGAGGGUGUGUCACAUUUUGGUCUGAUGUGCAUAAAAACAAGUUGUGAAACAUACGAAAUGCAAAAAAAUUAACAAGUGUCUAAAUUUGAGCCCCCUUUUGAGCCAGAGGCCCUGGGCCAGAUGGCCCCCCUGCCCUGCAGCUCUCCUGCCCAGAUUGGCCCUGCUAGUGGUCUUCUUGGCUGGGAUGCCAACAAUUGUAAAACAGUAAUGCUUUGAAUAGCUCUUUCAAGUCCAAGUACAUAAUGUAUACUGAAUCACCCCUAACCACAUACUUACUGCCACUGUCAAAAAUCCUAAAAGGUAAGUCAGGCAGGGCUUCCCUUUGCAGAAGCCAUGUUGAUACUUCCUCAACGACUUGUCCUUCUAUAUUCUUUAUAAUUCUUUAUAAACAGGCAACCCUGUUUAGGGAAGCUUUUAAUGUUUGACGGACUAUUGUAUUUUAAUAUUUUGUUGGAGGCCACCCAGAGUGGCUGGGGAGGCCCAGCCAGAUGGGCGGGGUAUAAAUAAUAAAUUAUUAUUAUUAUUAUUAAUUAUUAUUAUUCAAUGAUGCUAUGACUUCUUGAUACUUUUUGUUACAAUAUUUCUAGGUGUAAGAUUCCCACCCUUUAUUUAUUUACUUAUUUUAAAACCUUUCUAAGUUGCUGUUCUUCACAAGGAGCCCAGGACAAUGCACAGUAAACAAAAGUAAAACACACCCAUUCAACAACAGCACAGUGCAAAUAAAAACACCCAAGACAUAAAAUAUAAAUUUCACUUGCUAGCAUUUAAUUAAAUUAAUAAUGUUCAACUAUUAGCCUAAACCCAGCUAUUGUAGCCUUUUUAGCCUCGGGUGAGAGCUUUGCGCCCGGGACGGGGAAAAUGGGAGUCAACAGACACUCAAGGAAUAGUUUCAGAGAAAAAGCUUUAUUUCUACUAUCCGGCUGGUAGAAGGAGCAAGUGUGAUAACUCACAAACAAGCACGAGUUCACAGCCAUUUGCACAGAGCAUAUAUUCCCCUUCGAGUUCCUUCCCCUUUCUCCUCCUCUUCAGGAGUCCUGCCCCAAGUUGAGUUUCCUAAGCAUGAACAGAAAGCUCCUGUCUUGGGACUCUUUUGGACUGUUGGCGCCCUUCCCAGGAAAGCGGGUUGAGAAGCCUUGCAUUCAGCAUGUCCAAGAUAUGUUUCUUUUAUCUUGCUCUAUUGGCACAAUUCCCGGAAAGAAAAGUUGCAAGUUGAAUGUACCUUUUGGCAAGGUCAGCUAGCCUGAGAAGUGACCUUUGUUACAGCAGAGCAAAAUGCUUCUGAUGCUUAGCUAAUGCCUUUUAGAAGAAGAAGAAGAAGAAGAAGAAGAAGAAGAAGAAGAAGAAGAAGAAGAGUUUGGAUUUGAUAUCCCGCCUUUCACUCCCUUUAAGGAGUCUCAAAGCGGCUAACAUUUUCCUUUCCCUUCCUCCCCCACAACAAACACUCUGUGAGGUGAGUGGGGCUGAGAGACAUCAAAGAAGUGUGACUGGCCCAAGGUCACCCAGCAGCUGCAUGUGGAGGAGUGGAGACGCGAACCCGGUUCCCCAGAUUACGAGACUAUCGCUCUUAACCACUACACCACACUGGCUCUUUUAGCUGCUGAGAAAAUGAUUUUGAAAAGCUUUGAGAAGCUUUCUGGGUAUUGUGCGCAUCAGUGGGGCACGCAAAAGCCGGUCCUGCCCCAUUCCGGGGCUGAAAACAGCAUGCAUGUCAGCAGUUUGUGUGCCUUGGUUGCGUGCAAAACGGCUAUUCCCUAUAUUAUUUAUUGAAAUUUAUUGAUAAUAUCACAUAAUGGAAUUAUUUGCAUGUAAACAAGACUAAGUUUAAUGAUUGCUUUAAAAUGUCACUGUUACUUUAAAGAGGUAACUUGUUCCCUUUCACCAGUUCUCACCCCUGUUCUAAGCCAAUAGCCAUUUCUCUAUUUGGCCCAGUAAACACAUCCAGCACAAAUAUUUGUAGGGCAGUUAGCUGUCCUAACAUCCUGACAUUAGAAUAGUGGGUUAGGGUGACAGGUCAGAGCAGGGACUGGAAUGCCUGAAACUUAUUCCUGUUAUUUAGUGUAUGGUAGGCAGAAACUGAAGAUGUGCUCUGGUAUCCCUGUGCCGUGCUGUCAGGCAGGUUUCCCCCCUUUCCCCUUUGGUCCAAGAAAAGCCCUUUCCUUUGUUAACAUGACAACGGUUGUUUGAAUGGCAUCUAGUCUGAAUCAACAAACACUAUCAAGCAGUGUCUUUUCAUAGGAAUGAGAAUGUGAUAGAUUCUAUUGACUCAGGAGACUUGUUUAUGUGAACAGGCAUUCCUUCAGCAAAAUGUUUUGUGGGCAGUUUAAUUAAUCCUGAUUGUUUCCUUGCUUAUAUUUUGGAGACCCUGCUAGAGUAAUUCAUUAUCACAAUUCUCUUAUGAAAUCAGAAACUACCCAAGUGUAGAUAAUGCUUUAAUAUCUGUGAGACUAAACAAGACUCUGGAACGGUGUUCUGUGGUUUCACAUUUGCAUUAUUACAUUCCUUUUUAAAAUGAAAACAAUAUUUUGGUGGUCACAAGAAUAAAGAUAUGAAUGGUGAUUUUAAAUAUAUAGCCUUGCUUUCUACCCACAGGACUUUCAAGGCAGAUUUUAUGGCAGAACCCAGCAGUGUUCAACUGUUCUCUGGUGAGAAAGUUUUGAACCACCAGUAGAUGGCACUGUUAGAAUGUACUCUUGAGUUGAAAAUGAUAAUUGACUUAAAUAUCUAUUUUUAGCAUUUUAUUUAUUUAUGUAUUCAUUCUCUUUGUAUACCAGAUGUAUAACAUAGCUGUCUGGGCAGUUUACAGAAACAUGAAACAUAUAAAUGCAAUUAAAACUCUUAUAUAUAGUAAAAACACUAAAACUAAUUCAUCAAAAUUGUUGACAGAUCACUGGCAGGAGAACUGCUCAUGGCAUGCUUAACUUAUGUGAUAAGAAGAUCCUUUUGAUUUGAAGGGAUUGAGCCGGUUAACACCUAAUUUUAAAAAUACCCAGAGAGCUAAUCUCAAUGAAAUUUAGCCUAUUUACUAUUAACAAAACUACUUGAUACCUAGGCAACACUACAAAAUGAUUGCUGUGGUUAGGCCUAGCUAGUCAAAAAAUGGCUGCCCCCUCAAUUUCUCCAAAUCAAUUACUGUUUAACUGUCUUUCUAUUCAUUUCCCCACUGUCAGCACACUCAUCUCCCAGUGCUGCUUUGAAAUAAAAUUUAGUGUGAAUCCAUCAUUACUUGAGCUAUGUUGGCCAGUAGUUGCUGAAGUUAUAGCCUGCAAUUAUUUGCCAUCAAGAAUGUGCUAUUUAAAAGCAAAACAAAGCAUAAAAAUUGAACUGAGUAAAUACUCUGUGUGUGUGUGUGCUUUACAAAUAUUCCAGUAUCUUACUGAUAAUCUUUUCCAGAAUUUGUAAUGAAGGAGUUCCUAUUUCAGAAGUAUACAAAUGCAGUCAGGAAGAUGGAGUUAAAGUUUUCCCUCCAAGGUCACCAGAAAGUAUGCCUGAAUGGCAAAGAGUAGCUGAGUUUUAUGUUGAAAAACCUCAACUAGCCCUGUUGGGAGAAAAAGUAAGAUUUGAUACGUAAUUCUGAUAACAUAUUUUUCUGAAGUCCCAUCUUUUGAAAUAUAACAAAUUAUUGUCUUUCUAGAUUGCUUCUGCUUUUUUAAAGAGGGUGUUUAUAUAGAGAAGAAAAAUUCAAAGUAUAGUAGGUAGUUUUUUGGCCUGCAUUUCCCAGGUUCUUAUACAGUACACUCAAGGUACAGAAGGAGGGAGGUUCAAUAGACAAUAUUAGGACUUGCCUUACCAACCCUAGUGGCUUCCUUUCAUGACAAGCUCAUCUCCUUUUCAAAUGGUGUAAUCCAACCACAUUGAAGGCUGGACUCUUUUUCUUUCACAGAAACCCCUUUCCUCUCCCCUGACUUUCAGUCAAUUUUUCUAUUUCUUUCUUGUAUAUCUGACAGUGGGGUAAUUGUAUGCAAAUUCUUUAUUUAACUGGGCCUUGAAUGCAGAGAGUUUUAUGAUGUCUCAUUCUCUUGCUGUAGCCAUUGUCAGCUUUGGAGUCUCCUGGCAUUUUCUGUUUUGGGGAUACUAGUUUAAUAAAUCUUUAACUGUGUGGGAAAGCUUUAGGAUACAAUUGUGGAUGUAAGCACCCCCUGUUGCUAAUAUAUAAUCCUGGGCAUAUGAAAGUAUAGGACUUGGGUCUUUCCAUUUAGAUUUCCUGCUGAUUGAGGUAGUCCAUAUUCUUAUGUAAUAUGUUUAGAAUAAGGAUUUUACUCAUUUGCCCUGAUCCAGAGACUGCUGGUUUUCCCAUGCAAAUGAGAUGUGUAGCUUUUGCCAGGUGAUAUAAGAGCCCUUCAUAUUUUGUGUUUCCUUCACUUCUGUUUUAUCUCAAAAUGCCUGAUUUGUCUUGAAAUGUUUACUAUUUCAGCACAGCAACAUCUAAUUAUUCAGAAGAAAAUAUGUCUAGGAUUAAAGUCAUACUAAUUUUUUUAAUUGUUUUUGAUGUGAAGGUUAAAUUUCAUCCAGGGUCUCUCAAAAUGUUUUGGACACCAGCUCCACAGAAAUUCGCCGCUCCUCUCUCUCUUAUGAAGGAGACCUUGUUUCCAAAGUAUGAGGUAAAAAUUCUUAAUAUAUUUGAAGACUACACAGCAUUUCAUUUAACAUCACAUUUGAUUAUCUACACAAAAUAUAAAUUAAAUAAUAGCGUUUCUGUACCAAUAUCUAUAACUGAAAGUGUGAAUUAUAGAAAUAGUUGCUUUAUUUUGAUAUAGAGUGGUGUAUUUUAAAUUAAUGUAAACAAACUUACAGUUAGUAAUUACAUACCAUAUGCCUUAUGCAGUUGGGGCACAUUCUCCAAAAUAUUUAAAUAUUUCAUCAAAUUAACAGAGAAUGCUAAUGUUUAAAUACCUGCAGGAUUGUACUGUGUUUUGAAUGCCCAAAACAAUUCUAGUUCUUUUUUAGUAUUGCUGAAAUUCAUAUUUCCUUUGUUUGGAUAUGAUCCUUCUGGAGUCUUAUAGUGCAAACCUCUCUAUGUAUGUAUGAGUGUUUGUUUGUGUAUGAGUAAGCUAAAAUACGUGGGUGAAAAUAUAUACACCAGCCAUAUUUCAAACUGUUCAGAUUAUUUUGUACUACUGGCCAAAAUAAAUCAUAUUGUCCAACUUGUUGUGCAUUCCUUGUUUAGUGGGACCAAAUGGAGUGUAUCAAAUCCAAUGAAGUUUUGAUGUUAUCGUUUUAACUUUUCCUAGAGAUUUAUGAAGUCAAACUGAAAUUGGUAUGAUGGUUUAUACCACCGGUUAAAAGUUAUCAUUAAACCUUUUUAUUUUUCCAGAGCAAUCUGAUUAAUGGUGUUAUUUAUGAAGACUUUUCAUGUGAUCUUCGAGAUCAAGAAGUAUUAGAGUUUGAGGAGGACUAUGACCAUUUGCUUUCUGUGUGUAUUGCAGUAAUAGUUUCUUUUUUUUUUUAUCUGAUCAUGGUUUUAUAUAUCUCAUAAAGGGUUGUUUUCCUAUGGGAGCUGCCUUGGAAGGGUUUUGUGAGGAGGAACCUGUCAUUGGCUCAUGCCUUUGUAUUUGCAGGAAGCUUCUCCAGCAGUCAGUCUGGUGGGAAAGCACGCCUCUAUCAGUAUACAGAGAUAAAACAGAAGUGCUGAGAGGGAAUAGUAGGGCGUGGAGGAGAGAACAGCCGAAGAAAUGGCUGCAGGAAAAGCUCCAAAGUGUUUGGUUCUUCCAACAGGAAAAUAGACAGGCAAUGAAUAGGGGAACUCCCUCUGCCUCAAUGUUUCCGAUAACUGGCAGGCGAAGUAAUGAGAGGUCAAGUACAAGGGUGCCAAGAGGAGCUUGCUGAGGGGAGGAAAGAAGCAGUAGGACUGUCCAUGCUAAUUGCGUACAGGGACCAACAUAGCGGAAGAAAAUGAGGCGAACCUGAGCACAAGAAAGUAGGGGAAGCCCAUAGGAGGGUCCUGCGAUGAGUCUCGCUCCUGAGUUCAGAGAAAAAAGGGCUCACUGGUUGUCCUCUGAAGCAAGAGUGGUCUGGCAUUCUGUGGAAUCACAGGGGGAACUGAUUAGAGGGGACACCACUCAACUGGGAGUAAUGUGUAACAACAGCAUACAAAUACUGAAGAAACUUAAUAUAUCAGAAUGCAUUUGUCAACUUUUCUUCAUUGAAUGUCAAUGUUAUGAAACGACCACACUCAGUCCGUAUACUGUAAUUCUUUAGGGCCAAAAUGGGCAUGGGCCCCUCAGUACUCAUUUGACUCUUGGAGCCUUUGUACUUCCUUAGGAGAACAUUUGUUGUUGUUUAGUUGUUCAGUUGUGUCCGACUCUUUGUGACCCCAUGGACGCCAGGCACUCCUGUCUUCCACUGCCUCCCGCUGUUUGGUCAGACUCAUGUUGGUAGCUUUGAGAACACUAAAGCAGUCUUAAAGAGGAAUGUUAUUGCCCUUGGGCAGUCCAGUUAAUUCCCUUGGCUGUUUCCCAAGCAAUCUUAGGCAUACUCAGAUUCCCAGAGAUAACUAGAUUCUUUCAGUCUUCAGUCUGGAUGUCCCAUAUCUCCUAACUUUCAUUUUUCUGUGCCCUGUACCUGAGACGGAACCUGCCAUUUGCUUAUUUAUUAUUUUAUUUUACAGAUUUAUAAACCACUUCCUAGCCUGAGGCCAUCAAAGUGGUGUACAGUACAAGAUAAAAUGACAUAAAAUACAAAAAAAAUAAUUCUAAAAACAUUUUUUACUAAAGUACAAUUAGCACACUUCAGAGAAAAUGGUCUUAAAUAAAAAACUUCUUUAGUGGCUGCUUAAACAUCAAGGUGCCAUGGGGCUGCCUUAAUUCCAUCUAGUAUUUAACUUCAGAGCUCCUCCUUUCAGCUCAUCAGAAGAACCAAGGCCUAGUUAAUUAAGGUCCCUGUUUCUCCGUCUUACAAACGGUAGUGGGUGCCAUGGUGUCAGCACUUACCUGACCUGCCACUGCUGUUGCUGCAGUAUAAUGAAAGGAGGAGGGGAAAGGCAGUGAUAAGGUUAGUAUGCAAAUGCACUGGCAGAAACACCGGAUUGGUUCCACCAGUGUGCUAGCACUGUGCUCACCUCACCCAUCGCCUUGUCCCUUCCUGUAAGCCGCAGCAGCAGUGAUAGCAGGUCAGGUAAGUGCUGACACCUUGCCUUGCUGACUGCUGCAGCUGAGAUAUGCCUUAGAUUUGUAACAGAAGCCUGUCAACUGAGACAGGCUCUUUUGCCAAAAUUACACUAUCUUUAAUUUUCUGUAUUUUGUGAAAAGUAUGAAGAAUCCAAGUAGUAAUAUUUGUGAAAUAUUAAGAAAAUCUGACUUUUUUGUUUGUUCAUCAACUGGCCAUUCUGUCAUUUGAAGGUAAAUUCCCAAGCUCCUCAUCUGGAUGCCUUCCUUGAUUCUAUUUGGACCUAGAUGUGUUAAACAACUAAAGGGACGCAGGUGGCGCUGUGGGUUAAACCACAGAGCCUAGGACUUGCCGAUCCGAAGGUUAGCGGUUCGAAUCCCCGCGACGGGGUGAGCUCCCGUUGCUCGGUCCCUGCUCCUGCCCACCUAGCAGUUCGAAAGCACAUCAAAGUGCAAGUAGAUAAUAGGUACCGCUCCGGCGGGAAGGUAUACGGCGUUUCCGUGUGCUGCUCUGGUUCACCAGAAGCGGUUUAGUCAUGCUGGCCACAUGACCCGGCAGCUGUACGCCGGCUCCCUUGGCCAAUAAAGCGAGAUGAGCGCCGCAACCCCAGAGUUGGUCACGACUGGACCUAAUGGUCAGGGGUCCCUUUACCUUUACCUAUGUUAAACAACUAUUGCCCAGUGGCAAAUAUCUCCUUUUUAACAAGGUGUUUAUGUGAAAUAUUAUUUCCUUUUCUAAACCAGAAAGAAAGCUCCGUGAUGCAUCUCUUCUACCACAAUUUUUAGACUUCAGUGUACAUAAUUAUGUCAGAUUUACGAGUAUGUAAAUAAAACUCAAUUUAUUUUUAAUUUCAUACUCCUAAUGUAAAACCAACAUACAUGCUCACAAUCUGAAUCUAGGGUAGCUUUCCAAGAAAAAAUGUGUUAUGAAAAUAAAUACGUUUGUUCUAUUUAAAAAAUACCCACUUUUUGUAUAUAUUUUUCUUUGUUUCAUAGACUCUUAAAAUCUGUAGAAGAAGCGCUUCCUCUCCAGGGCUUUUAGUUUCUGAAAGGGAAACAUUACAGGUAUUGUAACUUUUUUCAGAUUUAUUAUUUAGCAAUUAUUAUUUAUUAGCCGUAUCAUACCCAGCAUUGCUUGGGAAUUCAAAGAAACCAAAAAAAAUCAGUGCAGUUUUUAAAUCAGUGGUUAAAACAGUGCUGUUUUGAAAGGUUCUGGCUGCCAUCUUGAUUCAAAAUGGUGUCCAAUUGUAUCCAAACGUUGAGGAAAACCUUCUCCUUAAUUGCAGGAGCCACCAUGCAAAAUUUGGUUGCAGUAUCAUAAGAGAUGUCCAAAUGCAUGGUGAACAAGCGAUUUCCCAAAAUAUAUAGUAGAUUUUUCAUAGCAACAGUUUUAUCCAGAGUGUGGCUUAAAGCUUUAAUUAUUAUUUGCAAUAAUCACAUCCAUAUUUAAUAUUAAUUUCUUGUUUGAAGUUUAACUCAAAAUUAUAAUUAUUUAUUUUAAUCUUUAAUUCUCUGGUAGACUAUGUACAUUAAAGCAGCAGCAAGAGAUAUGUUUGGAUCCCUUUCUGAGCUUGAAGCAUGGGUACCCCCAACAAAAAUUUAAAAAUUUGGCUGUGUAAUUUGGAACUAACGUGAUGUGAUUUGAUUUGAUUGGCUUGUUAAUAAAAAUUAUAUUGAAAAAAAAUUCUCUGGUAGACUAAGCAGGGCAUUUAAGAUUCUUCGUAAUUGCUUUCCCAGUAGUAGGAGGGUAGGGCUGGCUUGAACUUUACUCCUCUAUUAAGGAAAACUGAAGAGCAGGAACCUCUCUGAACUAAAUCUAAAAUAUAUAAUUCCAAUUACUGUAUAUACUAAAAUGAACCUGACUAAACUGUGGAAAAUUCUCUGCUAGGGCAGAGCUCCUUAAAGUGUGAGAUUAGCUCUGCUUCCUAUUCUUGAUGCAGAGUCUGAGUUGGGCUCUCCAGGUCUCUCCACAUAGCUUGAGUAAAACAUCCUAGCAGGGAUUUGGGUUUCACAAAGUGUGAAGGGGGGACAGGGAGAGAGAGAGUUGGGGUUAAGACAACAGCCCCUCCUAUUCUGCUCUGGAACCAAUUAAGUGAACAAGAAUGCUGAGAUCAAGCAGUACUGAGGCUUCAACCUCUGCCUGUGCCAUAAGGCAGACAGAUUCUUUUUAUCCAUUCUUUACAUGUUGGGACUGUAGCGUUCUUCCUUCUUGGCAAUAAUUAACUUUGCAGUGGUCAAUCAGUUAGGAACUGAAAAACAAUGUGCUUGAAAAAAUGUAAAAUUCAAGCAGCCUAAUUUUUGUACUAGUGUUAGAUAAUAAUCAGUUAUUCUUGUAAUGUCUCAUUUUACAAGAUACCAAAACUUUGUGUUGCAGGAGAACAUCACGGAAUGUGUAAGUAGUCUGCUGUGAAGGAGUUGCAUCUGCAAGAAAUAUGUAUGCUGGUUUUAUAAAAUCUUACUUGACUUAUGUGACACUGAGUGCCAACCAAAUAAUUUUAUUUCCAGUUUUUGCAUAUAGAUUUUGUUGCUUCUGUAAAAAUUAAUUCUGUUCCGAUUCAGUGGUAGAUAUUCCUUAUGUUUCCCUUCAAUGAGAUCUAACAUUCACAUUUUUUAAUUAAAAGUAAUUGGGAGAUUAAAUAUAAUAAUCAUUUUGCUUGUGUAACUGUUGUCAACAGUUUUUCAAAUUCAGGCAUUUUUACACCAUCCUUCAAUUGUAUUCCCAGGAUUGUUUACAAGAAAGGGUAAACAAUUAAAAUGUAAAUACAUCUCUCUACAUUCAUUUUAUUAUGCCUUACAACACAAUCCUAACAAUGUAUACUCAGAAAUUAGUCCUACUGAAUUUAGUGGGCUUACAUCUAGGUGCUGUAGGUUGAGUUAGUAUUGUAGCCUUAUUUUUUCAAAACAGUUUGUGAGAAGAAAUACUAAAGCACUUUCUGAUUUUCAGGAUUCAAACUUUUUAUAUCAGCUAUUUACACAGAGUAGCUGUGAUGACUUACUCUCAAGUAGACAUGCCUAGGAUUGUGCUGUAAGAUUUUUUUUAGACUGUAGCCCUAAACACACAGUCCAAUCCUAUAUAUGUCUGCUUAGACACACGUUCCAUGGAAUUCAAUGGGGCUUCCUUCCAGGUAAAUGGGAAUAGGAUUAGUAAGAAUAAGCCCCAUUGAACACAGUGGGCAUUUACUUCAAAAUAAACCUGUAUACAGCAGAACUGAAAAUCUUUAAACUCAUUCUUUGCAUCUGUGGAUGAGCUGCUUGCUAUAGAAACAUGUUCAUUAUGAAUGAAUCAAGGAUGCAAUUCUAAACAUACUUAGGCCUAUUGAAAACAAUGGCACUUGCUUGAAAGUAAAUACAUAUAAAAUUGCUCAGUAAGGUAUUUUUUGAGCAGGAGUGGUUGAUGAGGAAAGGUGCUGUGGUGCACAUGGCCUCCCAGCAAUGGAAUCUAUGGUUUGCUGGGAGGGAGAGGGCCCUGGAGGCAGCAAGGCUGGCCCAGUCUGGUUGCAUUGGUGGGAGUGCUGGAUUGUGUCACAACUGGCUGCUUCUUGUUGGUUAGUCUUUUAGUCAUGUCCGAUUCUUCGUGACCCCAUGGACCAGAGCACGCCAGGCACUCCUGUCUUCCACUGCUUCCUGCAGUUUGGUCAAACUCAUGCUGGUAGCUUCGAGAACACUCUCCAACCAUCUCGUCCUCUGUUGUCCCCUUCUCCUUGUGCCCUCCAUCUUUCCCAGCAUCAGGGUCUUUUCCAGGGAGUCUUCUCUUCUCAAGAGGUGGCCAAAGUACUGGAGCCUCAGCUGCAGGAUCUGUCCUUCCAGUGAGCACUCAGGGCUGAUUUCCUUAAGAAAGGAUAGGUUUGAUCUUCUUGCAGUCCAUGGGGCUCUCAAGAGUCUCCUCCAGCACCAUAAUUCAGAAGCAUCAAUUCUUUGGCAAUCAGCCUUCUUUAUGGUCCAGCUCUCACUUCCAUACACAACUGGCUUAGUUUAGGCCAUUAUUGCCCGAUGUCUUUCUGCUCAGUCAGGGGAACUGGUCAUUGGGUACUUACUCUGAACAGGCCUACAAAGAAAACCUACAGAGAAAAGGGGUGCAUGUUACUAGGUUUCUCUUUGGUUUCCUUCCUUUUAGACCUCCUAGGUUUUUUCCACUGACACUCGCGUGAACUAAGACGAAACUAAGGCAUAGUGAGAGGGGUUGGGGUAGAUACUUGAUUAUGUUGAUAUGUCACAUAAUCUUAUCUUGCCUAGGCAAGAGGGGGAAUUACCGUAACCUGCUCAUGCUUGGCUUAUUCUUGCUCACUCUCUCAAGAGGAUCUGUUCACGUGAUAGUAACCUUUAGCAGGGUUCCACUAAUGUAAUAGGACUUCCGUUUCUUCUCCUUCAGCCCCCUCAAGCUGCUCUGAAGGGUCCCCCAAUACUCCAGGGCUGAUUUUGAGGGCACACGGGGGCUGGAGGGGACAGGAGAAAUUCUGCACACAGAGUCAGUUGUGGAAACAAAGGUGCUGGGUUGGAGACAGCCCAUACUAAGUACCCAGCAACAGCUGACUACUUUUGGAACGUUAUCCAAAAAACUAAAAAUAAACAAACAAACCGAGAUUUGUUUUUCUUACAGGAAGUUCUGGUUAAAAGACCUCAUAGUGCACCAGAAUUAUCAUUCAGAGACAAAUCUGCUUUGAAGAUUUCUGCAAAUUUCAGAACCACUAUGGAAGAGAUAACUGUUAUGAAAAAACAACAUCUUUCAGUAGAUACGGAAGCUACAAAGCCUGGCAUUUUAUCAACAAAGCCACAAAGCUCUCUUAGCCUUGAGAAAAGAGAAUCUGCCGCACACAAAAGUGUUCUUGUUGGUUCAGAUAAAGAUUCUGAUAUAGCUUUGGCAAGUACAUUCAAGCAAACAAAAGGUCUUUUCUCCUCUAGAGGAAGAUCUGCAUCUAUUGCACCCACUCCAGCUCCUGAACCUAUAGAUGAAACUAAUCUGGCUGAAGAAUCUAGAAAAGCUGGGAUGAAGUACAUCGUUUUCCCAAGGAAAGCAUCAUACAAAAGGAGAUCAUUGAAAACAGCAGGGAAAUACAUUUCUGUUCAUAUAUUAGAAAGUGUUUGUGAGAAAUUAAGAGAACCUCCACAGAUUCUUAAAAGGUCUGCCUUUUUAUUAAUAUUUGCAACUUUUAAUUUUAUAUAUUGAGCACUUUGGGGUAUGGAAACAGUAAUUUCUCCAACAGCACCAGAUACCAUUUUUAUGUGUGUGCCAGUUCUUUAUGGGUAAUACAGUAAUACUAGCUUUCCUAAAUUGGUGUUAUCCUGAUGCUUUGGGUUACAACUCCUUUCAGUCCCAGCAAGCAAAGCCAGUGGUAACAGAUCAUGGGUGUUGUAGCUUGUAGUCCAAAACAUUUGGAGGGUACCAAGUUGGUACCAGAUAUGUUCACAAGAACAUCAACUGUGGGCAGAAGAUUCCCACAGGAUUCGGUAUAGCUUUGUUUCCUCUCUUCCCUCAGCAAAUUCUCAGGCAGUAGGCAACCCUUUUGCCUAAAUGCAAGUUUCAUGUCGUGUUCUUGCAUUUCAUCACAUAGAGCAGACAAAUUGCCUGAGGAUAUGAAAUGACUCACAGACUUCCAGUGCUCUCUCCAAUGCUCUGGUGCACUGCCAGUGGCUGUGUGAAGGACUGAUGUGGAAAAAUACUUUCUAAUCAUUAUGGGAUUCUGUGUAUGGGCGCUGCACUUUUGGUUGCACUGAAUUACAGUAAAUUAAUUACAGUUAAUUUAAAAGGAAAUUAAACUAAACAUAAGAGGUACUAUUUGGAUUUUUUGUCUCAGGUGCCAAAUUAUUGUUGCACCAUGUCCAUCAGAAAAUGCUAUUUAGGCUAUACACAUUGCUUUAUUGGUUUGACACAGUUGCACAGCUCUCAUGUGCAACAUGAGUGUAUAAUAAAGAAGUUAGAGAGCUCUUUGAUUACAAAGUUUUCUACAUAAAUUAUAAAUUUUCUACAUAAAAAUAAAUACUAAUGACAGUGUAAACCAUUUUUAUGCACCCCUGAUAGGAAUCUUCCGUUAUGUGUUGAAACUUGAAUAUUAUGCAGCAAUCAAAUACAUUAUUAAACUUUAUAAUGAAUAUUUAUUGGUCAUAUGUCACAUUGUUACAUAUGUCAUAUUGGUCAUAUGUCAGCAAUAAAUGUACAGGCAAAAUGUAAUUAUAGUUUUGGCUUUUUCCUUAGGUCUGUAUCUCUUGGAAAGCUUCCAAUUCAUAAUAAAUUCUGUAUCAAAGUAUCUCGAGCAGUUCGAAGUUAUCGAAGUCCCAGCCUCCCUUGCUGGCUAGAUUUUGAAAAAUUUGCAGCAAGCCAAGGGAGAACCCCAGAAGACACCGAUGAUUAUCUUUGGGCCAGAAAAAUCUGGAAUAAAUGGUUUGAUGAGCAAUACCCUCCCAGUAGGCAAUCUUUUGCUGAUAAAUCAAUGGCAGGCAAAAAGGACAUAGAGGAGGAAACCAAGGACACAGAAUUAGUAAACACAGUAAAUCCUCUUCUCUUCGAGGGAAAGCCAGAUGAACUUGAGCAGUGUCAAUCUGAAAUUGAUAAAAUAACCCAAGAAAUAGAUGAAGGAAAAUUUUCUGGGUUUAACUAUUGUAGACGUGGAGCAAUAUACAGGAAAAUAGGCAAAAUGAAGGCAGCCAUGGAUGACUUGGAAAAAGUAAGUUUUAAAGAAAUAAUACCUAUUUUUUCUUGCUACUGAAGAUGCUUUGUUACCUUAUUAAUAACUAUGACCCUCUGGCGAUGACAGAUGAACUUAAAAAAUGGAAGAGCAUCUUUUUCAAAUAAUCCCCUUGCUGGAUUCCUCAUUUUAUGCACUUUUCUAUUUAGAAAAAAAACUUUGCAGGACUAUAUCUGGAAACCUAGCAAUUUUGCAGAUAAUUAUGUCACCAGUGAUCUGUUUUCAUUAUACCCUACAUAUCUGAACACACAAUUUUUUUAAAAAAAAUAUAUUUUAAUGAAAGUCUUAAUUCCACAUUACAGCUAUUGACAGUUGUACGAUUGACUCAAACUCAUUGUUCAUUUUUAGUAAGAUUUGCAGUAGGGUUUUUCACAAUACAAUACAAUAAAAAACAAACUAAGCAAAAACAAAAAGAGGAAGAAAAAUGCAAAGUCCUCUCUCAAAGGUAGAUUCUAGCCCUUGUCUCACACAGAAAGAGGUUGGCCUUCCCAGCUAUCACCUGGGAGCUUGCCUACCACCCUGGGAGAUCUCCCUUUCCCUGCCUCUCACACAAGGUCCUCCACCAGCCAGCCAUCAUCUUCAUCUACAUAAAAUCCCCCAGUCAUGGUUCACUUUUGACAAGUUUGUGGACUAUAGAAACAUCAAGCUGUUUGCCAGGUGGUGAUGUUAUGCAUACGUUUGAUGUCAUACAGACAUGGUGCUACUACACUUGUUUAGAACCGAAGAAGCUAGGCAUGAGUAUCAGAUAAUUGCUGUAUGCUAUUGUGUACAAGCAACUCCCCAUUUACAUGGGAGUUAUGUUCUGAGGCACCGGAAACACCAUUGGGAAAGCUGGCAAACACCCUCUAAACUUCUGGAAACCCUUGAAAACCCUUUUAAAAAACCAGCAGCAAUUAACAGAUGCAACUCCACCGCAGUCGCUCCAUCCGAGCUCCCUUGCUCCAGUUAAACUCUCCACAGGCCUUAACAGUCAGAGCAAGGGCUCCUGGGAUUGCGUUUGCAAAGUCUCGUGGGAUUUCUAGGCAUUGUUUCACGUCUUUUUUUGCCCUUUCUGGGCUCUUUUAGGGCUGUUUUUGCCACUUUAAAAGUCACUUUUGGGCUUGGUGCAAUGUGUGCAUGCACAAUCAUGCAUCAGUUGAAUGCUUGACAAUUGUAUUUUUUCAGUAGCAUAUGAUAGAGUUAGUGCAUAGUAAGGAAGCUUACUGUAGCAGUAAGCUAACCUAGACAGACCAUAGAUCUUUCUUAUAUGACUGUUUUAUAUUGGGGUCCAGAAGAACAUAUUGAAGCUACAUAUUCAGUAUAGGUACUUGCAGCCUACAGUGACCAGUUUAUAUUCACUUUGGAUUGAGUUUUAACUACUUUCUGUAGCCAAGAAUUUCAAAAUGCAUUUUGUUAAUAUGAGAGCAACAAUAUAAGCUAAAAAUGGUACAUUUAUUUAAUUUUUAAGUAUGCAAGGAGCUUCAGUGCAUAAAUGUUUUGCAGCAACUAAUUGUAGGGCACUAAAGGAGGUCUCAGGCCAGGUUUCCUGGCAGCCAUGCUCAGGCAACUACUCUGUUCCUACCUGCCAGAUCAUUCAGUCAGUUUAUUCUAUGUCCACUAGGUCUUAUAAAUCCUAACCUCAGAGCAACUGGUCUGCAGUGUGAGCAUAUUACCUGUGUGCCCGUUUCCUUCCCCUGGUGGCUUCCAUAAAUAUAACAGCUGUAUGGCUUUGACUGUGGAUCUGCUUCUGACUGCCUUUUCCACAGAUGCUCUGAUGCUGUUCUGCAACUUGACUUGUGUUCAGUGUACCAGCCUCUGGUUCCUCUGGUCCUUGUUUCCUGGUUGGAACUCAGCCCUUGCCCUUUUUAGAUGAUAUAUCUGCUUUUGACCCAGAAGCUAGCUCCACCUGGUCCUGGAACCAGAUUGUAUAGAGCCUAACCAAAACUUAGAUCUCACCAUGUUGUUUUUUCUUUGAUCCCCAGUGAUGUGCCCAGAGGUGUAACUUAAGAUGUGCCUUAUGAUACACUGGAAUUUUUAGCUAACUAAUAACCAGUUUAUCUCAUUACUUUCACAGGCAAUAAGUUUAGAACCAAUGCUGGUUAAUGCCUAUUGGCAUAGACAUUUAAUUUUCAUUUACCAGAACAAAAUGCUUCCAGCGCUAGAAGACCUGAAUUUUAUAAUUAAGUGCAACAAAAACAAUGCAGGCAAGUAACUUUGAAACCCCAUGAUGUACAAUUUCUGAGAAGCUCCUGAUUAUGUGUCCCCGAUAUCAAAUCAGUAUGUACAGAAGUUUUAUUAUUAUGCAACACUUCUUCCAAAUAUCCAUAGAUCAAGACAAAGGUUGGAAAGUUACUUCCAAUACAUUUGCAGAUUUGAAUCACACGAUUUUGUUUGCAAAUUUUUAUUACAGUUGCAAUUAAUUUUAGUUAAAAAAAAUUAAACAUGCAUAUCAAUAAUAUUGGGCAUCUGAAAGAGACUAAUUUUAAAGUAUUUUGAUUAUGCAGAUGCAUAUCUGUCAAGAGCUGAAAUAUACAAAAAUCAGGGAGAUAAUUCAUUAGCAAUUAUCAACUACAGUCUUGCCCUGAAAUGCAGACCUACAGAUGAUGAAAUAUAUUACAAAAGAGCUGAGGCCCAUGAAGAGGAUGGUGAUAUAAUACUGGCGAUAGAAGAUUAUGCUAAAGUAAGUAUUGCUAUAUAUAGUUUUACAAUAUAUUUGGGCCAGAAUCAAAAAACCUGUACAAUUACUUCUGUGCUCGCAAAGGAUUCUUCGCAAAGGUUCUUAAAAUGGUGGUCACACAACACUAUUGAAGCCAAAGUUGUGAUAUGACAUGAGGGCCUACUAUUCAAAGAAAAAACAAUAAAAGCUCCUACUGGGCAAGAGUAAAAGUUGAGUUUGCCUAGUUAUUGGUUUAGUUACUUUGGUAGACCACCCACCAAUCAAUAUUGGGCAAUUUCCAACUAAUGCAUCCCAUCAGUGCAAGGAUUUGCAUUUGCACAAUGGGACUUCCCCAUAUUCUUCCUGCCAUGUUACCCUCAAUCUGUCAUAGGUGUUCCCCCAACUCUCUGGCACAGAUUAGGGGAGGACGCAAGUGAGCAGAGAGAGAGAGAGAAGUUCUGUUGUACAAGUGUAAAUCCUUGUACUGAUGGGAUGUACUUGUGUGGAGUGAGCAAUGCAAUUUAUAAGACUAAGGCUUGUGUCUGAUGUUCUGCUUCGAGUAAACUCAUCGAUAUGAAUGGGCAUGGCUAAUUUAGGUGCAUUAAUUUCAGUUGAACUACUCCGAGUAGAACUUUAUUAGACACAAUCCAAUAAUAAAAAAGAGAGAAAUCACAAUUGACAAAAUACGGAUUGAAAAGACUGUGAAAAAUGAAAAGUACCAACUCUGUUGGGAAGGCAAUCCAUAACCAGGGUGCCAGCACCAAAAACGCCAUCCCUCCAGAAGUCACUUAUUGUACCUUAUUUGGCAGUAAAUCUAGUAGCAAGGAGCACAACCCUUUGGAAGCAAACGAGUUUGGCAGGAUGGGCUGCUUUGUUCUUUCUCUUCAUGGGACUGUCUGACUUACAGUAGUCAUGCUCAGAGUAGAUGCACUGAAAUCAAUGGGCUUAAAUUAGUCUUGACAAAUCAAUUUAGGGUAAUGGGUGUGACAUUAUAGACACAGCUCCCAUUCUGAGUAUGAUUUAGUAUGAUUUAAUCACUUGCUGUUUAUCCACUUAACAUUGCUCUCAGUGUCAUAUCUCUCUCUGAGAAAGAAAAAAGGGGUAACCUUUCCUCCCCAAGUUGGACAUUGUGGUGGAAUAUUUUUUGACUGGAUCAGUGGCAGGGAAGGAAAGGGUUAAGCAACCUAGCUUUGGCAGGGCAAAGUCAGUACACUGGACUCCAUUCAACUAAAUAGAUGCACUAGCAGCAACCAGCGCAAUGGGACUUUCCUCAUCUCCCCUGCCCACCCAAAUCAGCUCUUGGGGGGGUCAGGAGAACACCUAGAAGAGCACACAGAAAGAUGAGAGGGAAGAUACCGGUAAUUUCAUCUGGCAAGAAGACAUGCUUGUGUUGAUUGAAUGAUUGCCUUGGUGUGACGUUAUGAAUACAAAAGCAAAGGUAACAAUUACAUGUAUUUUAUUUCAAUCUAGUGCCUUUUCUAUAAUCCCAAAAGAACUGAUGCACUUAUGAAGCAUGGAAUACAUUACUUUAAUAAAUCUAUAUGGAAUGUAGCUAUUAAUGAUUUUACAAAUGUGAUUAAACAGGACCCAAGCAUUGCAGAAGCAAGGUAACUGCAAAUUAUAUAUGAAUUUAAGCAAUUAUAGUUAACUUCUAAAUCCCUUAUAACAGUGUCUGAGAAAAUGAUUAUACCCUGCAUUCAGUGUCUGCCUGUGAGCUGUUGUACAUUGAGUGAAAGUAUCUGUGCCCUACUUUCUGGGCAUAAAUAUAUGAGAGUGAUGAGUGAUUGUGUUACUUGUGUCUAUCUGUUGGAGAGAGAGAGAGGCUGAGACUGGAUCUGAUGAGACAAGGAGUGCCAAUGUCUUAUGAAAUCUGUCUGUGGUGGUGGGUCAAUUGUGUUGUGCAGAGCUAUCUCCGCUAUUGGUAUAUAUGCCUCUUGAACCUUCAUUUAACUUUUUUUUGCAUCAGAAUGUUUGUAAGGUUCAGGAUGGUAGUCUAUGGAAUAUGUUAAUUUAUAUAGCAUUGUUAACACAAUACACCUUUUGUUUUGAGAUCCUGAUCAAUAUGCUUUGUCAAAUUUGAUGUUUAUCUUUUUUAAGCUGCCCAUUAUCUUUCCUCGCCUCUUGCAUUUCAAGUCUAAGCACAGUUACUUUAAGGCAAUUCCCACUGUUAUGAAUGGAACUUGCUUCCAUGUAAGCAUACUUAGGAUCACAGCCUUGACUUGUUUAAAUCACAUUGGGACAAGUUUUGCAUUCAGACAGAAUUUAUAUAAAUGCAGAAUAUUGUAAAUCUACUAUGAUGAGGAAAAUAUUGGUUUGAUUUCCAGAACCUAUCGAGGGAGAAUAUAUAUUAAACUAGAGCAGUAUAAAAAUGCAGCUGAAGAUUUCGCUGUUGCAAUUCACUUGAAUCCUAAUGAUUGGAUUGCAUACUACCACAGAGGUUGUCUUUUGCGAACGCUGGAUCCAAAACAAGCCCUGCAGGACUUGAGUGUUUCUGGUAUAGUAUACACUGUUUUUAUGAUAGAUGCAGGGUGUUGUUGUUUUUUAAGUUCAAAGUGUGAAUUUAUACAUUUUUCUUUUUAAGUAUAUCAAAUAUCUAUAUCUCCUGCCUUUCUCCCUAAUGGGACUCAAGGUGGCUAACAGCUAAAAAUAAGACUUGCUAAAAACAUAGAAUUUUAUUUUUUUAAAUUAAACAUUAAUAGAAUUAAAAGUAUUUACAAAUUUUACAUCUAUAUGUUGAGGAUGUUUACUUUAAACACUGGAAAGUCCUUCCAGCAUAUGUAUAUGUAUAUGUAUACAGUGAGUGGUACCUUGGUUCUCAAACUUAAUUCGUUCUGGAAGUCCAUUCCAAAACCAAAGCAUUCCCAAACCAAGGCGCGCUUUCCCAUAGAAAGUAAUGCAAAAUAGAUUAAUCCGUUCCAGACUUUUAAAAACAACCCCUAAAACAGCACUUUAACAUGAAUUUUACUAUCUAUUGAUCCAUAAAAUGAAAGUAAUAAACAAUGUACUGCAGUCACACAGUCAAUCAGUAAGUAGCUGAACUGGGUUCCACAUAGUCACAAAAACAAAAACAAAAAAAAGCCACAAAAACGCAAAAUAAAUAGCAAAAACAGACAGACCUCAGUGUAACACUCAAAACAGAAGUGUGGCACUCAAAUUGGAGCACGUUUGGCUUCCGAAAAACCAGAACACUUACUUCCGCGUUUGCAGUGUUUGGGUUCCAAGUUGUUUGAGUACCAAGGCGUUUGAGAACCAAGGUACCACUGUACCUAUAUUUUUAUGUGUAUCUAUAUAUAGAUACAUAAAAUGAACUGACAUGGACCCUGCAAUCCUCAUCUGAGGCCCUUCUUCACAUGUCUCUUCCACAAGCGGUCUGAAGGGUGGCAACAUGAGAACAGGCCCUUUCUGCGGUGGUUCCCUGCUUGUGGAAUGCUCUCCCCAGGGAGGCUUACCUGGCGCCUUCAUUUCAUAUCUUUAGGCGCCAGGCAAAAAUGUUUCUCUUCAACUGAUUAACAUUCUGUGGCUUUUUAAAUGUUUUUGUAGGUGAGGGGUUAUUGGUUUGUUUUUGUUUUAUUGUGUAUUCAGUAUCUCUUUUUUAUUUUUCUGUUGUGAACCGUCCUGGCAUCUUUGGAUAAAGGGUGGUAUACAAAUUUAAUAAAUAAUAAUAUUUAGCCCAGGAAGUAGGCUGUAGCCAAUGACUGGCUCUCGCAUUUGUUUGGGCAAAUUUUUCAAUGUUUCCAUUGUCCUGCUCCCCUCCUGUAUGAUCAGAACCCCUUUCUCCCAUCCCUCCAUUAUUAGAGUAUUUUCCCUCCUUGAAAAAAAGUUCGCUCCUAUUCACAAUGAACACCUCCAUUUCUUUGGGAAGGGGUUGCAAGAGUUGUUUUGUGAUCUGAUACAGCCAUACAACUUUUUCACAAGCUCCCAUAGAUAUUUCAAGGUCAUUAAAUCUCUUGAAGCAAUCAUAGAGGCGCAGUCAUGCACAUUUGAUGGUAUUUUAAAACAAGCCUUUCAGUUCUACAAGGAGGGUGUGAUUUGUGCCAGAGCAGUGAAGAGCAAACCAGAAGGAAUUAACUAAAGGAUGAAGGUCCUGGUGCACACUGAGAUAAUAUAUAAUUAUUUCAAAGGCUAUAUUUCAUGAAGGGCAUAUAGAAACAACUAUAUAUACCUGGUUUUCCCAUCCCUCCCCAGUUCUUCUCAAUCACAAGUUUGAGAAUCUUGCUGCUUUUCUUCACCGUGGGAUCUUGUAUUCAGAACUGAAACAGUGGUUACUGGCAAUCUGUGAUUUUGAAAGUGCACUCUCCUUGGACAGGUAUGCUCCAUUUAUUUAUUUAUAUAUUUGUUUGUUGCUUGCUGUAUUAUUAUUAUUAUUAUUAUUAUUAUUAUUAUUAUUAUGGCAUUCAAGCCUGCUGAUCAAAUAAAAUCAAUUGACAAAAACACAUUAAAACCAGCUAAUGUUUUUCAGGUCAUGGGCCACACUGACCCAAAGCUAACCCUCUGGGGGCCAUUUAAAUUUUUUAAAGCCUGUGUAUUUCUGCAUUUGCAGUAAACCAUGUUUUAGCUUGGCAUGACAUACGAACCAGUGCCCUGCAUAUGGAGGUGCAGAAAUGCCAGUCCCUGACCUGCGGAGAGGGCCAUCAUAAGCAAAAUAGACUCUAUACAGGUCCUAACUUUUAUAUUGUUUGGCUAUAGAGUAAUGCACACCACCACCUGCUUCCCAAAUUAGUCAGAUCCAGUUAAUGUUUUAAAAAACAACUGCUCCACUAUCACCACCUUAAGGGAUAAUGGAACCAUUUUGCUGAAGGGGGAAGGUAUUAACCAUCAAACUACCGAACUCAGACCAGGUAGUCUUCUAUUGCUUGGCUGUAUUACCCAAGAAGCUACACUGCUGAUAUCUUGUAUUCCUUGCUCCCCACCUUUCCCCAAGGAAACAUAACUAGUAGAGCUUGGGAAUGAAUCUAAUAUUGAUUCUGAUGCUAAUGUGGCAUCUGUAUCAGAAUGGCACAUUCUUGUCAUUAAUUGUUUAAUUAAUUGUUUAGCUAACAAGUCAGUGUAGGUCACUGAUAAAUCCCACUUUGUGGACGGCCAGAAAGCAGAAGUUCUGUUGUGCUGAGGUAAAUUAUGCUCAUAGUGCCCAGGUUGCCUACAAAGCAGGUUGUGUGAUGCCAUGCCAUGCUGUGGAAAAGAAAUGUGUAUUCCUCUCCUUGACACUCUGCAGUGCUUCUGCCCUCACUAUAAGAAGCAGCACGGAGAUAGCAGGAGGGAACUCAAAACAUUACUCUUGCUUUUGAUAUGUAGCGUGUACAGGUCUAGGAUGGAAACACGGUUUUCUUACUGGAAAGCAGACAGGCUUUAAUUCAACAAAUAAUAUGAAAUUCAAUGUAGCAUAAUGCGCAAACAUGUUGAAAAAUGUAAUGCUCAUAGCAUUCUGUCUCUAUUUUCAGGAGCCUUUCCGUAGCUUACAUAAAUAUUGGACUGAUUUUGAUGUUAUAUAUGGACCGUUAUUUUGAAUCUAUUCGACAGUUCACUCAAGCCAUUCAGCUGGAUCCAUUAGAUAUUAGACCAUACAUGUGCAGAGCCCAGGCACAUCAAAGGGUAUCUAUCUAUUCUUUACCUGUGCUGUAGAAUUUGUGUGAUAGGUGCUCAAUAGCUGCUUUAAGACUUACAUAUAAAACAAUACUGGGACAAUAUGCAAGAAAUGCAAAGACUUUCUCAGUGCAAACAACAGAAGUCCUGGUGUUUUCUUAGUCAGAACCAUUUCUCUGAAGGCUUAAUUUAGUUCUAAAAACUAAUGAAGAGCAUUUAGGGUCUACGAUGUUGAACAUUCUGGCUUUGUUUUUUCCUUGAUACAUACAUGCGCUAGUUAAAACUUCCCACUUGCUUAAUUUUUUUUAAAAUUUCCCCAUAUAUAUUUGGGGGAGACAAAGGGGAGAACCCCUUCUCCUCUGGGCAAAAAGUUUGGAGUCUUAACUCCUAGUAUCACAGGAGAAGCUUUUUAAAAAAAUAUAAAUGUCCUUUUCAGAAAAUCCAAAUUAAUGUAUAGGUCCAGAAUUUCUGAAUGAAUUCUGUAUGUAAGUAAAUGUUGGCCAGUUAUACCAAGGUACUAAAAAUUUGGAUUUGGAAAUCUGGACAUGCCCUAUUAUUUAAAUAAAGAGAUUUCCUUCAGCUAGCAGGGACGGUAUGAUGGAUUAUGGCCCUUCCUUCUGGUCAAGGCAGAAAUGAAAGCUGUGGAAGUUUCUUAACAAUCAGCUGAAGUUUAUUUAAUAUUAAAAGAUAUGGAUUAAAAAUGUUUUAAAAAGGAGGAGGUGGUCCUUGUAUAGGAGAACACAUUGAAUGAGAUGGUGGUAUCCUGAGACAAGAAUAAUGGAUGUUUGUCUGUUUUAAAAUAACAGGUUCAUGAUCUAAAGAGUGCAAUUAGAGAUAUAAACAGAGCCAUUCAUCUCCAGCCCAACUCACCCCACUUAUGCUUAACAAGGUAGGAUUGUUAUCAGCUCCUUUUCUCAUUUUGUUUCUUUCUUUCCUACUUUUAUUGUCCACCUGUAUUAUCACUGUGUGUAUCAUGUAAGCCUUUGACGUGAUGUUAAAUGUGCUAGUACAUUUAAUGUUUCUUUUUUUAACUUAAAAAAACAGUUUUGAGGGAGUAUUCUUAAUCAUUUUCCCCAACACUCUGGGAAAAAUUACCUCCCAAACUUGCUGUUUCCUUCCUUGAGUGAAUUUGUCUGGGUCAUCACCAGGAAUGUGGUUGGGAUCCCAUGUAUGUAUGUAUGUAUGUAUGUAUGUAUAAAUGAAUGAAUGAAUGAAUAAAUGUGUAUUCAUACAUGUAUAAAUGCAUUUAUACAUUAAUGGCAUGUCUAGUUUGACUCUUGGUGUCUGUUUAGGGACACUGAUGGUUACUAGUGGUGGCUUGGUAUACUAGGUGAAUAUCAACCUUUGUUGAAAAAUCACAGAAAUUACACUGAUGUGGGUUGAGGGUUGCACAUGUAUACUGUGCUGCCUCCAUGUUGCUAAGAAAUAGCAUUGGUAGCAGAGUGCAGGUGCUAACCCUUAACUGGCCUGGUAGCCACUGUGUUGCCCUCCAGAUGCUGUUGGAGCCCAAGCCCUAUGAACCCUAGCCAGCGUGGAGUUGUAGGCCAGUAACAUUUUGAGGACACCACAUUGGCAAUCCUUGGCCUAGGACCUAGUCCUUGUAAAUUCCUUGCUUUGACUGUGAAGUCAUCACGGAAGCUGGAGCACUGCAUUCCAUUCUGUCAGCCCAAGAGAAGCUUCUGCAAUGGCUUCAGCUCUGAAGGAGAUGGAGGACUGAACUCAACUUCCCUCCGUUAGGCCUGAAGUUCAUGCUUCAUUGACUCAUAUUUGAGGGCAGCAUACAACUCAGCUGCUUCUGCUAUCUCUUCAUAGGUCCUCACUAUGAUUUCAGAUGUGUGGUCUACCAAAGUAGUUUGUAUCCUUUUAAAUUUAGUUUUUAGGUCUUUUAGUGCUGGAUAAAUAUUAUUCUUUCAUCAAGAAUGCUACUCUAAUUAAAGUGGGCUUAAUAGUUGAGAUUCUUCAGUGCAUAACUGAAUAAAUAAAUAAAUAAAUAAAUAAACAAAUAAAUAAAUAGAAUUUCUUAGGGCGUUAUUUGACUAAAUGAAAUUUGCCUAAAUUAAAAAAAAAUUAGUUUGAUUGUCAGAAUCUGAUGGAAUAUUUUACUUCUAGUAUCAGCUCAAGAGCUAUUUUUCCAAGCUGUUAUGUUAUAUAUGUUUGGUCCAUUGAUUUGUACUUUUAUCUGCUUCUUUUGGAUAUUUUAAUAUUUAUUUAUGUAACUUGCCCUGAGGGUCAAUAAAGAUAGAGAGUGGGAUAUAAAUAUUGUCAAUUAGCACAUUUUAUUCCUAGUAGAUAUAUUUUAGGUAUUUUAUUAGGGAUGAUGCAAAGGUUGCUGAAUGGUGUUCUUUUUUUCCAUAUGUGGUGGUCGUGUAGUAAGGUUAAGGCUUACUGGGAAAUGAUAUAUAAUGAAAUGAAAAGGAUGUUUAAAAUAACGUUUGUAAAAAACCCAGAAGCCUUUCUUCUGGGAUUCAUAGGGAUAGAACUACCUAAAUUGUAUAGAAAUUUAUUUUUGUGUGUGACUACAGCGGCAAGAAUGUUACUUGCCCAAAAGUGGGAAAAAGAAGUCCCAGCAAAGGAAGAAUGGAUACAAAAACUUAUGGAAUAUGCAGAAAUGGCAAAACUUAUUGGAAGAAUAAGAAAUCAAGAUAAAACACUUUUUAUAAAAGAAUGGAAAUGGUUUAUUGAAUAUUUACAUGUAAAUUGUAAACAGAUAAAAACACUGGCAGGAUUAUUGUAGUAACCUGAAAGCUAUAUAAGAGUAUAUAUAUAAAGAAGAGAAAUAAAUGAGCAGGUUAAGUUAAUUUGGAUAUGCAGAAGAAAGAUAGUAAAAAUAAAUUUAAGGAACUGCACAAAAAGGGGGAAGGAAGUCAAGUUUUAAAAUGUCGAAAUGAAUUGUAUAUAUCUGAAAAGUAUAAAUAAUUUUUUAAAGAAGGUUGCUGAAUGUAUAGCUAAUGAAGAGUUGAUAAUAUUCUGUAAUUUUUAUUUACUCAAAUAUUUAAAUAUUUGUUGUUAUUCUAUUGAUAUUUGAAAACAAAUAAAUGGUUCCAUAGAAAUUCCAAGCAAUUAAUAUAUGUUAAAAUACUUCAUUUACAGAGGACAGUAUUUACUAGAGAUGCAGAAUUAUGAUCUUGCAAGUUUCUGCAUACACCAAGUUGCAGAAAUGGGUCAAGGUACUGUCUUUUGAUGUUUUACCUUUCUGUGCACUGUGAAGCUAUGGUCCAGGUCCAAAGGAUUACUUGAAGCAUUCCCAGGAGCACCUGGAACUUUUCUUGAACAGCAAACCCUCAUACCCUAUCACAGUUGUGUUUUUUUCAUUGGAGGGGCGGAGUCCCCUCAAGUUCAAAAUGGUUUGAUAUUUAUUUUUUAUAAGAAAAGUAUUUUUAUACCACCAUAUCACAAAAUAUCAGGGCGGUGUACAAUGUUAAAACACAAUGAAUGCACCAUUAAAACAACAAAAAUGCAGAUAAUUGUUAAGGUGGCUAGCUAAAUAAAAAUUGAAAAUUAAAUAGCUGUGAAGCACUGUUGGCAUAAAAUGGUAUGAUGGCUGUCUAGGAAAUAUAAGCCCAAAGUCUCGUUGAGCAUGCAGAACUAGUAAUAAGCUAAUUGGGAACCACUGCUGUAUUAUGUUUUAUAUUUGGUUUCUGUACAUCACUCUGGUAUUCUCUGAAUGCCAAGUGCUUUAACAGAAGUUUAAUACGAGUCUUUGGCAUUCUGAACAUUUAUAUUAACAUUGGCUAUGAAGCUUGCCUGUCUCUUAUGAUAUCUGUAUUUAUACAUUAAAAUGCACAAUAAUAAAUAGGUUGGCCCAGAAUGAAGUUGUCCUUCAAUAUUUUACAGGACCCCUUGAAUGUUCGCUUGUUCAAGAAGCACUUGUUCAGUCAUUUUGUCAGAAUCACAACAAGGCCAUUGUGUGUGCACUUGCAGCCUCCGAAAACCAACCUGAUUGUGCCAUGUUUGUUCUACUUGGAAAAAUCCAAAUGAAAGCCAAAAAAUAUAAGGUUAAAGAUAUGCUCUUGUAUUUCUGCGGUUUUGAAGGGAACUAUUUUUGAAAGCUAUAGGGAAAAUGUGUGAGGCUGAUAGAAUUCUGCAUGGGUUCCGGUGACUAUUUCAUUUCUUAUUAAAUCUCUAUUCCUCCUUGCUGUUGUCUGCUGGGACACAGCAUCCUGCUGGUUGUCUGUUCUUUUCUGCUGUCUUUGCCACUCAAUGGUUAAUUUGUCAAGAGCUCAUUUAAUCUCACUGGCCUCUGUGUAUGAUCCCUAUAUUUAUAUCUGUCUUGGACCUUAAUCUGAACUAGAGAAAACUUCUCCUUUUUAACCUCAUCUCCCCUAGCCUUCCCCAUACCCUCUUCCACCCUAAAGGUAAAGGUAAAGGGACCCCUGAACGUUAGGUCCAGUCGUGGACGACUCUGGGGUUGCAGCGCUCAUCUCGCUUUACUGGCCGAGGGAGCCAACGUUUGUCCGCAGACAGCUUCCGGGUCAUGUGGCUAGCAUGACUAAGCUGCUUCUGGCGAACCAGAGCAGUGCAUGGAAACGCCGUUUACCUUCCCGCCGGAGCGGUACCUAUUUAUCUAUUUGCAGUUUGACGUGCUUUUGAACUGCUAGGUUGGCAGGAGCAGGGACCGAGCAACGGGAGCUCACCCUGUCACGGGAUUUGAACCGCCGACCUUCUGAUCGGCAAGCCCUAGGCUCUGUGGUUUAACUCACAGCACCACCUGCGUCCCUUCCACCCUAUUUGGAGGUUAAUGAUGCCUCUCUAACUCUGGCCAUGGCAGCAAGCCAUGCUUCUCUGAUAUCUGGGGUUCUGUGAAGCCAAAGUAAACCCUCAAAAAUGGAAUCUUCCCAUGUGCUACUUCAGGUGUCACCAGUACUUGGGAAGAUUACGUUUACCAGGGCCUACUUGAUAAAUAUGUAGAAAAAUAAUGGCAAUUACUCUUUGGAUUCAAGGUGCCAGAUGAAAGCAGGCCUAGUUUUAGAUCAUUACUUGCUGUGCAGAAGUAAAAAUGGAUGUUUUUUUAACUGGGCAGCCUAGUCCAUGACACAUGACAAUUGGCUGUAACUAAAUCAGUCUUUCUCGCUAUGUAUUCAACUCAUUAAAUUUGUAUUUCUGUCUAGCUUUCAUUACUGGGAUAACCUUAGAUCCUCUUUCCUUGAUGGCAAAAAAAGAGCUGUAUUACAUAGUCUUCUUUGUGGCAGUACGUACAGUGUUUAAGAAUGUAGCAAACUUAGGCAUGUCUACUCAGAAGUAAGUCCAAAUGAUUUCAAUAGAACUUACUCCCAAGUAAGUGUGCAUAGAAUUGUAAACAUAUGUGUAGAAUCUAUAGGGUUGGGUAUUUACUUCAUUUUUUUUAAAAAAACGAAGUAAAUAUUUAUAUCUGCGGUGAAAAAAAGAUGGAGGCCACUUUGUUAUUCAAAAGGGUGACUGAUUCACCAUUGAGCAAACUGAGCAGCACAAUCACUCUCAAGACUGGGAUUGCAAACAUCAGUUAACUAUAUUUUACACUUACUUUUUAUUACAGGAUGCUGUAGCCAGUUUUAAACAAGCAUUGAAGCGGCUGAUGGAUACUGCCGCUUCAAGAUCUACACCUAGUACAUUUGAAGCUGCAGAAAUAUAUUUUUUUAUGGGCCAGUGCUAUAUGGAGCAAGUCUCCUUAUUAGAGGUACACAUUUCUGAAGUGUUAUGGCAUUUUGGUUUUAAACAUUGUACACAAAAGUUUUGAUUGUGUUGUUCAAAUGAGUUAAAGACAAGCGUUGCGAUACUCUUCAAUGGUUUGUUGAAAGUCCAAAACUGUUUUAAAUUUUGCUUAGGCAUGUCAGACAAAGUAAUUUGAAGGGAAGGGGAUCAUUGUUGUUUAGUCGUGUCCGACGCUUCGUGACCCCAUGGACCAGAGCACGCCAGGCAUUGCUGUCUUCCACCGCCUCCCGCAGCUUGGUCAGACUCAUGUUUGUAGCUUCGAGAACACUGUCCAACCAUCUCGUCCUCCUCUUCUCCUUGCGCCCUCAAUCUUUCCCAACAUCAGGGGCUUUUCCAGGGAGUCUUCUCUUCUCAUGAGGUGGCCAAAGUAUUGGAGCCUCACCUGAGGGCUAUUCCAAUUGGGCAGUAGCACUUCAGUCACACCUCUUAGGAUGAUGCCAACCUAGGCACAGAGACUAAGGGCGAGAUUUAGCUACCCCGUUCUGCAAGGACAAUGCAAGGACUCCCUUUGGCACAACAGGGCUUUCCUUCCUCUCCUCUCCCCUGUGCACCUCCCUCAGAUCUGCUUUGGAGGGUCAGUAGAUCCCCCAGAACAAUGUGUGAGGGUAGGAGAGGGAAGAUCAUUCUCCUUAGCGCCAUGUUGAAUUCCACUCCUGGAUCCCUUCUGCCUGGAAUAUCAACCAGCCAAGCUAUUGAUGGGUUGCAAUUAUACUUCUAUUGUAAUAUUAUUUUUAGCUAUUAUCAGCUUAGUAUAUGUAUAGGCAGGGGAUUCAUUUUCAUAAUAAAUGAAUUACGUAAUAACAAUAGUACAUCAUCUGGUAAAGCAACAAAUGUUUAGGAUUACAGGAUUAUCAAUUUGCCACUGUUCUUCUCCCAUGCUGGCACGCUUGAACUUCUAAUGCCUGAAGACAGGAAUGCAGUUGUGUCUCAGGAACUUCUAAGCAGCCUGUUCCCAGAAGAAACCCCAGUGAAGUUCCUGCCUUUUGUUUCUGGCAAUAGUUUAGCAAUUCUUUCUGCAUUUCUUUGUUAUUCAGGUUUGUACUUUUCUCUGUUUUCUGCUCUGUGUGCUCAGGUUCCUUUUAUUCAUUCUCUCAAUUAUUUCUCUGUAUUUUUCUGUCUCUUGUAGCUAGUUUUGUGUGUCUAAUCUUUGUGGCAAGUGGAAUCUUCCCUUGGCUAUUCCAGUGUCACAAGCUUAAUUAAUUCUGUGGUUGUCUACAUUUUUUUUUAUUCCUUUUGCUAGUUUGUGUGAUUGAUAUUAAUUGAUUCUGUGUUCAGUUGGUUCUUAAAUUCCUUCAAAUUUCUUCAAUAAUUGUCUACGAUUCAUUCCCCUUUGUGAUUGUCAUAAUUGAUUAUUUUAAUUAAUUCCCCUCUGUGACUUGCCAUGAUUAAUAAUACUCUGCAGUGAUUUUCUGUCUUGAACCCCAUGGUUCCAUUGGGAUCAGGCAUGGAUUGGCAAGUUCAGACUGAUGAGGACAAGGCAGAAGCAGAAGGGGCGUGUGAAUAAUAGGAACUGGGGAUGGAGGUUCUCCCAUUUCCUAUCCAUCCUGCAGAGCAGAGAGCCUCAUUGGGGACUGAAGAGGGCAUUAACAACCCACAGGAGAUGUCUGAGCUGAAGGUGGCAGUGGCUGAACAGGAGCCAGAAUGGGAGGGCAAAACCUUACUGUCUCUAUGAGAGGAAUUUCUGGUAUUUGAACCAUCACCUCCUUCUUUUUCAUUGGCACUGCAUUUUCAUAGCAAAAUUGUUGGUUGAAGAAUUGCUGAAGAAUUUAGUUAAGUAUCUGUGUUUCCUCAAUAUGUUAUGUCCCCCCACUCCCUUGAUAUAUUAUAGAAAAUUAACUUUAAAUGUUUUGUAUGAAUAAGAGAGUUCAAAACAAAAUACUGAUCACUUCCACUAUGCCCCUUGUGAAAGCCUGCACUGGGUACAGCAGGACAUGAUUCACUUUGAUCAAUUUUACUAACUUCUCUAAAAAAUACAGAGCAUAUAUUUUGAUCAAGAAGCCUUGUCAAGAGUAACCCACCCACCCUCUUUGUGGCCACUCACCUCAUACCAUAACAAGAAGGCUUGUCGAGUAAUUUCCUUAAAUUGGAAUUAAAAUACUUUAUAUGUCCAAAUAGCUGAUAACAUUCUUGUUCAAUUAAGUGCAGUAAACAAAAUGGCCAAAUUGGAUAGAUUUGAUUAAUUAGAUUUUCUAUUCCUCUUUCCAUUAAAACGAAUCUCAAAGAGGCUCACAGACAAUAAAUAACAACAACAUAAUAAUAAUACAUCCCAGGUAUGACAUAAGUCAUAUUAUAUAAAUUAACAAAUCAUCAGUAAAACAAUAACAAUAUAUUUAGCAAACCAGCAACUAAAAACUAAUCUGAGCAUCACAGUUACAGCCUAGUCAAACUGGGUCAAUAUGAAAAAAAUUAGGCAGUAAAUGGUCUUGUCUGGGAUAGAUAAUAACAAUUAGAAGUCCUAAUAAGACAUUUAACUUCUGUUUUGUUAAUAUGUGGCCAAUUUGGUAAUAUCUAAAAAAUGGUCCUAUUUACUACCUCAUAUAACAACAGAUACUGUCUGGGCCUCUUGAAGAGUGUUGUUAAAACCUACUUUCAGAAUGUGAGGCCUAUUUAAACAUUGGAAUUUGUCUCUCCAUAACUGGUAUCAUUUGCCUGAUUUUAUGCAGUACAAAGUCCUAAAGCUGUAAACAUUUUAUAUUCUCGACAAUAUAUUCUAGACAAAGGGCAAUAUUUAAUAAUACUAACUUUACUGUAUUUUUAGGCCUGUGAUGCUUUUACUUCUGCUGUCAAGCUAUAUCCACGUUAUGCAGAUGCAUACUAUCAGCGAGGGCUUUGCAGAAUGCAGCUCCAUCAAACUAAGUGCAUAUUAGAUUUUAACAAAACACUUGCUGUUCAACCAGACCAUUUUCAGGUAAUGCUGAAAAUUUGAUUUUUGGAGACACUAAAAUAGAGCUUAUCUUAUCUCAAUGUUCUACAUUUAGCAAUAAAAAUAAGGUAAAGGGACCCCUGAACAUUAGGUCCAGUCGUGACCGACUCUGGGGUUGCGGCACUCAUCUCGCUUUAUUGGCCAAGGGAGCCGGCGUACAGUUUCCGGGUCAUGUGGCCAGCAUGACGAAGCCACUUCUGGCGAACCAGAGCAGCGCAUGGAAACGCUGUUCCCGCUGGAGCGGUACCUAUUUAUCUACUUGCACUUUGACGUGCUUUCGAACUGCUAGGUUGGCAGGAGCAGGGACCGAGCAAUGGGAGCUCACCCCGUCACGGGGAUUCGAACCGCCGACCUUCUGAUCGGCAAGUCCUAAGCUCUGUGGUUUAACCAACAGCGCCACCCACGUCCCUGAGCAAUAAAAAUAGUAGAUUGCAAAUCCCUGGAAAAGUUGAUUCUAGUUCGUCUUCAUUAAAUUUACUUCGUGGUAUACCAGGGCCAAUGGUGUGGGCUGAAUUUUCAGGCCUGCUCAUUUAGCCACACCCCUACCUAUCUAAACACGUACAUCUCUGUGUAGGCAUUCUGUGUCUAUAUAGUAAGAAGCAUUCAUUAGCAUGCAAGGAGUUUUCUAGAGGCCUCUGCUACAUUCCUAUUUAACAUCUCUUGCCAGGUACUCAUGCAAAAGGGGGUCCUUCUGCAGAGUGAGGCCUUCUGGACAAGGUAACCAGAAGAUUGCCUAAACUGCUGCUGUAGUUUGCCACUGAAACCCAAAAUGCUGUUUUAAAUUUAGAAAUUUUAAAGUUAUUUGUAACCCAGGCCACCUCACCCAGAGGACUUCACUCUGAAGAUCCCCCCUUGGGUCUUUCUCAGAGCAAGGUGAGUGGAAAAACUUCUAGGAAAAGCAAAGAAAACAAAUAAAGCGAGGUAACAGGAGGAGCAGGAAUGAGGAGAUGGCAGGGUGAAGGAGGAGGAUGUUUGCUUCACUAGCACCAUAAAGAAGACUGAGCAGCAGCAGAAUUACUAGCCAUCUCAGGCAGCAUAAUGUCUGGUACUGGGCCUGUUGGUGUUUGUUUCCUUCUAAAAUGUGUUUGUUUUCUUCUGUAAUGCUUUUGUAAAGGCAUAUUUAAGUCGUGCUGCUUACUAUGGAUGCAAAGGAAGAUUUUCCAAGGGAAUAAUGAAUUGCAACGAAGCCCUCAGAAUUCAGCCUACAAGCGUGAGAGCCUAUCUUUAUAGAGGAGCACUGAAGUUUUAUAACAGGGUAAAAAUGUUGUCUUAUUUUUUGUGUGUGAUGAAGUAUGUUACCUUUUGCAGGUAAAGACAGAUGUUUGGAGUACACUGCUCCUCAUUUUAAAGAAGAAUUGAAAACUUACGAUUAACACACCAAUGUAGUAAUCAGCCUUAAAUGAACAUAUUCUUGAAAUAUAGGGUGGGAUUCAAUGUCAAUAGAAGCCCAGUUUCCCCUUGCACAAGUCCCCACCCCUGCUGCUUGUUCCCCUGAAAUUGGUUCAUUUUGGGGGGGGGGAAUCCCCAAAACAGUGCACGGGGGGCAGGAGGAGAGGGGGAUUGUUCCUUUGCCAAGCCAAAAUGCUUGCUCUGACAUUACAAUCACAUGAGUACAAUGUUGAAUUCCUCCCAUAGUUUAAUAAUAAUUGCCACCUGUAAGAAAUAGCACACUUUCGUGUCAUGAAAGUGGACAUAAGUGUUUGUUUGUUUGUUUGUUUUAAAAAUAACUAUAACUAUAACAGUUACAUUGGUAACUGUUUUAGGGAGACAGUAUGAGCUAAUAUAGGUGAGGUAAUACUUUAAAAGAAAAGAGCCCCGUGAAGCUUAUAAACUUCUGCUCCUUUCAUCUGUCCAAUCCCUGAAAAUCUCAGGGUGCUUUUCCCAAAAGAAUUGCAUUGCUGGAUCAGACAAAAAUCUGCUUUGAUUUUUUUGAGACACAUGCCACUACAAGCUGGCAAUAGGUGAUGGUCAUUCUCUGUUUCCAGCAUCAGGUAACAUAUAUGUAUUCUGCCUUUGAAUAUCAAGCUUCCAUUUACAAGCUUGAUUAAUAGGCUUGGUUCAAUCUGUUCUGCCUCUUAUAUCUACUGUAUUUUUCUAUCUAACUAUUUUUAAAGACCUAUAACCUGCUGGCCAUCACUAUGUUUUAUGGUGGUGAAGUCCAUAAAUUAAUUAUGCCUUGUGUGAAGAAAUGUUGUCCUUAAUCUCCUGCCAGGUAACUUCACUGAAUGACCACUUGUAUUAUGAAAGAGAAAAAUUUUCUUUGCUGUUUUCACCUUCAUAAUUUUAUAAACUUCCAAAUUUCAACAGAUAUCAAUAGAAAACCUGCCAACACAGGAUUACAUAUAGAGGAAUGUGUAGCAAUAUUCAUUUAUACAGAUUAUUUGACGAUUUUAGGUAAUAUGACUAAUGCCAUGUCAUUUUCCCCCUACAGACUUACAAACAUGCCGUUGAAGAUUUAAGUAAAGCUAUAGACCUAGACAAUGGUUGCAUUUUGGCAUAUUACAAUAGAGCACUUUCUUACCACUGCUUGAAGGACAGCAAAAAUGUAUGUUUCUUUUUUAAAGGGCAGUCACAUAAUACUUUUCAAUUGCUUUUCCUCUGUUUCUGAAUCUGAAUGUCCUGCUUUUAUUUUUAAUUAUCAUGCCUUUUUCCAAUUUAUGGCAUUUGUUCACUUACUGUGUUUACUAACUUCAGUCUAGAGUUCUGUGUACUGUAGCAUUUGCACUGAGCUCUUAUUCCCAUUCACUUUGGGUAGAAGGGGAGCUUCACACUGUGUUACUUGGUUGGUAAUGGCCUCUGCAUUUGAAUCCCUGUGGUAGCUUUCCCCAACAUGGCAUCAGCCUCAGAUAGCAUAGUCAAUGCUCAAAGAUUAUGGGAGUUACUUGCUACAACAGAUGAAGGGCACCAAGUUGGGGGAAGGCUAUUCUAUGAUUUCAUGAAUUUAUAGCAUCACGUUGACAGACCCUUGCACACCUUAGGAACCCACAGUGAUGCGAAUAGAUGCCUGCAAAAGCACAUUUAAUAUGGCAAAUGACAAGUGGUUGUUCUGCCUUUCUAUGUUGAUUUUAGCUUUGUUGUUGUCAUGAUGCCAAUAUUUGACAGCAAAAAGUGCUAGUUGAUUUUUCUUGCAUUUUCAGUAUUUAUAUCCCAAGUUUAUGAAUAUUCUAACCAGUGAUGUGGGAUGUAAAUUUUUCCAAAAUGUAAAUUUUCCAAUGUUUUGCUUUUCCAUGGAAAUCUUUCUGUUUCAUAAGUUUAUUAGUUAAAUGAAUGGAUGCCAGUUGCAAAUACAAUAUUAGGCAAGCUUAGAGGUUUCAAAAUUGUUUCCUAAAUAUGCACACUGAAAAAUUUCCUAUGCACAAAUUACCCUAAAUAUGCUAAUUUGCAUAGGAAAUUUCCCCCACAAAACCCACAUCACUGGUCUUAACUGUUUCCCUACCCCAUAUGAUGGUUGGUUCAUAAAAGAUUUGCUGAAUGAAUGUGCAAAUUCAGUGAAAGAAAAAAAACCUGCAUUUUAAAAAACUUAUUUAAAUGCUAUAUUUUUCUUAAUUUGCUGUAUUUUUUCUUAACUUUAUCAGACAUUCUAUGAAAACCAAUAAAAAUUACUUAACCAAUAAAACUUAAUCAGACACAUGUAACUACCACAGUUAAAGACAGAUUUACUAAGAUGACCAGAGGUAGUACAAAAUCAAUAGUCCUGUGAUUAAGCAGAUGGUGCAAUUGGGAAAUUCCAAGGUCCAUGAUAUCUUGUAGUUUUGAUGAUAAAUUGACUUCCAAGAGUCGCUCAAGGCACUCCUGUCAGCUACAGUGCCAUGGUUAAAGUCCUUUUCUUUCCCCAAAUCACCAAGUUGGGAAGAAUGAAUUGCUUUUAGCUAUGCCAAAUUUAUUCUUAAUCUAUUUCUCCCUUGUAUUUCAUUACAGCAAACUUUAUAGUCGCUAUAGUUCACGAAACCAAAGCUAAAACAAAACAUUGAAAAUUAAGUAUUUUCUCUUAACUUUGCUGAAACUUGGAAAAUUGUACAUUUAAUUAUUCGUUAAACACCCUAGUAAAGUUAUAUAGUAUAAGUCACAUUUCUUGAGCCUUUAUUCCAGGAAUGGGGAACCUCUGACCCUUUAGAAUUUGUUGGCUCCCAUCAGCCACAGUCCGCAUGGCUAAUGGUCAGGGAGGUUUGGAGUUGUAGCUCACUCCGUACCAUCUGAAGGGCCACAGGCUUCUCAACCCUGCUUUAUUUCUUUGAAAAGCAAACAGGUAAUUAAUCAGAUGGGGAGAAUAUAAUGUCUUUAUACAAGAUAAUGAGAUUCCAUAUUUUGCACUAUUUACCAGUUACUGUGUGUAUUUUUACAGGCUUUGAAAGAUUAUGGGAUUGUUCUUCUUCUUGAGCCCAGCAAGGACAUUGUUCUGAAAGUGUUGAUCAACCGUGCCUUACUCUAUGUAGAUUUGAACCAACAUGCUAAUGCACUAGAGGUACAGACCUAACUUAGUCAUGUCCUGUUACUUUCAGUAGGUCUAUUCUGAAUAUAGCCUAGUUGCUUAGGCACUCAGGAGGGUGGUGACCAGUCAGCUUCAUAUAUUCUUGGUGACGGCUGUUUAUCUAGAUUCACUUCAUUCUGUCUUUAGGUCCCAGUUUGGCUUUGGUCUCCCUGACGGACAACUUCUUUCUGUAGUGAGAUGAGAGAGUGCAGCUCUGUUGAUUCUCCUAGAUCUGCAUUUUAUUGGAAUGACUUUAUGUACUGAGGGUAUGAGGCACAGUGGUGUGAUGGUUCCAGUCCUAACCAAAGGGCUGAUUCCUUGGGUGGGAAGUGUGUGGCUUCUACUCAGCCCCAUGUAAAUUGGUUUGUGGGGUCGCACAGGAUUCUAUUUUGUCCCCCCAAUUCUACAUCUAUAUGGAGCGGCUGGGUGAGGUGAUUUGGGUGCCAUCAAUAUGCAGAUGACACCCGGUUCUGUUUCUUCAUGUUAUCUGAGUCAGCUGAAGAUGUGCAGUUUCUUGUACAUCUGGUGUCUGGCUGCUGUGGUUGGCUAGAUGAGGUCUAGUAAUUGGAAAAUGAAUCUGGACUAUCUGGACUGAAAAUGCUCUGGUUAGAUGUUUCCAGUAUCAGGGAACUGGGUGGAUGACUUGUUCUUGAUGGGUAUGCAUGUCCGGACUGAUGUUAUUCUAAUAACAGUCUAAAACCUGGCUGUUUACAAAGAUGUUUGGGGGCUGUGACUGAUUCUAUGCUAAGUUAGUUGCUUUAUAUCUGGUCUGUGUACCAUGUUUUAAUUGCUGUUGAUUGUUAUUUAUUGCAGACUUACUGUUCCCUGCACUGAGAUCUCUGGAUUAAUGAUGGGAUAUACAUACUUAAAAUAAAAUUUAAAAACUUUCUUUUUUCUCAGAAAGUGCUGGUUUCCACUCACAGCUGUGGGUAUGAGCAAUGUGCUAGCAUUAUAGGCGCUUACUGGAUGAUGCCUGUGACGUCAGUGCUGGGUGCAUCACAAAUAUUUUCUUUCUCUGUUUUUAGGACUUUGCAGAAGUAGCACUGAGUAAGCCAAAAGAUGUUAAACUACUUCAAAAUAUUGGACACUGCUGUCAUAGGUAAUAAUACCGAACAGUAGGGAUUUAGAAUAAAUGUUUUGAUGUCGUGGUUUACAAUAGAGUUGGCAAAGCAGAAGUUGAGGAACAUUUCAGUUGCGAUGGGUGGUUUCCCGAACAAGAGGCUGAAUGGUUUUCUUGUGUGCUUUUAGUUCUUAGGCCCUGUAGUUCUGCUUUUUCCCACAGGCUUUUCACCUAGGGUCAGAUCAGUGUGGAAUCCUUUUAGCAUGCUAGCUGGGCAGUGGCAGCAGUGCAAAAAUUACUGGAGGCUGUUCCCCCACCAUUGCCUUUUCUCCAGGGCUGGUCCAACCAGAGUGGGGAUGCUCUAGUCUGCGCUGCAGUUCAGGAAGGGCACAAAAAAUGUGUGAAAAGAGAAGCUAUUCUUCAACCCCACUUCCACUCUGGAUAGGCUGCAAAGGGGAGACGGAGAUUUGGAGCUUGUUUCCUCAGAGGGCUCCCCACCUCUACAGAAAGUUUAGGAACAGCAAUCAGGGAGCACCUUCCAUUUCAGGUUGGACUGUAUAGUAUAUGAGGAAACUUAGUCCUUCAUACUCAGCUUCCCCCACCAAGUCUCAGAGAAGCUUCCCAUAGAAGAUGAAGGAGAUCAGUCAGAUGGUGGUGGGUGGUAACAGCCUGAACAGCACAUAGAUCAGAUUUUAAAGUCAAAGUUCUAAUCUGCCCCUGUAUCCAGAACAGGAUAUUUACAAUAAGAAAAAUGCUGCUUUGGUCUGCUUCUGAACAAGUUCACAUGAUCAGCACAAUAUGUAACUCAUGCUUGAAAAAGGAAUAUAGAUGGUGAAAUAAAUACUAUAAACCAUGCCAAAAUAAGCCAUGUGAGAAUGCAUUAUACAAAAAUGAGAGGGAUGUUUUGGCUACAAAUUAUAUUUAUGGUCCUGGUUUCUGCACCAUUGCUUGUUCACUCAUUGUAAAGUAUAUAAUAUCAAAUGUUGCUAAUAAAACACUUAAUUUCAAAUGUAUAUUGAUUUUCAGACUUCAGAAAUACGAAGAAGCUGUGCAGUCAUUUUCAAAGGUUAUUAAAAUAGAUCCAUUUUCUCUGGAUGGCUAUAUUGGACGAGGAAAUGCAUAUCUGGAAUAUGGUCACGAGAAAGGUACUAGACAAGCCCAGAAAGAUUUCGCAAGAGCAAUACAUCUGAAUCCAUUGUGCAUAAAGGCCAGACUUUGUGCAGGAUAUAGUUUGCAGGUAAUGCAUUGGUAACUGUGCCUUUAUAAUAUUCGACUGCACUCAGCAACCUUAAACUUCCUCUGACAAUUUAGGGCGUUCACUUAAAAUACAUAAUGAGCAUUAAAGAUUUAAACACUUUUCUUAAGGAUAAAAUAACCAGCACAUAUAAGUGCGAUUGUAGGUCAAUUAUUUCCAUUUCUCAUACCUAGAUUAAAUCUAUUUUUAACCAGUAAGAAGAACUGAUGCCCUCUGAUUUAUGUAAGACCUGUGCCUAUCGUACUCAGCACUCUCAACUGUUGGAGAUCAAUAAUAGAAAGCAGUACUAUUUUCCUAUGAAAUUCAUAGGGAAAAGAAGCAGAGUAGGAGCUAUUUUCCACAGUUCCCGUAGUGCAACCUGUAACUUCCCAUACUUCUCAGCUUUAUCCUGCUGGCAAUGUUACGAGGUGUACCACCCUGUAUAUGGAUCGCCUUUUGUGUGAGGUCAGGACAUGUGUCCAUUUAAAAUGUGUGUAUACCUUAAACCUUUUUGCCUAAUAAAUAACCUGUCAUAACAGGAAGUAGAAAAAUUGGUUUCCUACACGGAAAUGAGAGACAGAGAGUAUAUGGGCUUAAGGCAGGAAAUUUACAACUAUGAUCCCUAAAAAUAAACCAUGUUAAAGUCCAGACUAGCACCCUUUGUCACAGCAAUGGCAAAGUGGUUAAGGAGAAGGAGACUGGCAGACUCAUGGAGGUAUGAGACAUUACUAUAGAAGAUCGGCCCUACUGAGAUAGCGGCACUGCAAUUAAAACAUGACUAUUUCAGUAAGUGUCCAGGAUAUGAGGAGGAGCUUCUACAUAUAGCCUUGGAUCUAGAGAUUCUGUGCACAGCACUUGGCUCAUGGGGUGCUCAUGCUGACAGAAGCGGGGGAAGCACUUUUCACUAAUUCUUCCUGCCACCCCCUGUGCUUCUUGGAAAUCUGCUCUGAGCUACAUAGCCCUCCAGAAGGGUGUAAGUGGGUGCUGCAGUGGGAAGGCAGGAUUGGAGAAAAUACCUCCAUCCCCGCUUUCCACCAGUUGGGGUCUCUGCUGGAUCAAAGAUCCUUCUGUGAAUGGAAGAAACCUUUCCACAAAUGGAAGAACAAUUAUGGAUGCAAGCUAGUGGAAAUGUUGACGUGUUAGUCCUAAAAUGAAACUUUGCUGGGAAACUCUUGCACAACACACCAGUCAACGGAUUGGAAUAGUUCUGCAUUAACUGAGAUAUGAAAAAGGAAAUUACAAAUUACCUUUUCUUUGCAUUUCAUAUAGCUCACUGUAUUGCUAUUGUGGUUUGUCAUAAAGCAGAUCUCUACACAUUGUUUUGAAAUAAUACUGAUUUAAUUUAGAAACUAGCUUUACAGCCUUUGGGCAGUUUUGUCGAUAUACUUCCAACAAACACCUACAUGGCAAGUAGUGUUUUCAGUCUUCACAAGCUCCUGUAACAGCUUCACAUGCUUCUUUGUAACAUGCAUAGAACUGCACAGUUAGUGAGCAGUUCUAAAACUGCCCCCCAACCAGUAGGUAGGGCAAUACAGAGCAGUGGGGUUUUGGUGCACCAGCGUAAAGUGGGGCUGGUUUGGGAUCCGACAGGUACCAAGGUAGCUCAGCUCCUCUGUUGGGACAUCUUUUUCCAGUGCUCCACACUGGCUGCUAGCAGAAAAGAUCUUGCCAGGAGUGAAUUUGCCCACAUGUUUGUUGCAAGACCAACACAAAGGGAGAUUGGAGUACGCUAUCCAGAAGGAGGUUGGCACCAACAGAGUGAUGUUGGUUGGCAUCACUCAGCAGGUGAUGUUUACAUCACACUGCAGGUGAUGGCCAGCAAAGGCUGGCAGAGCUCCAGACUGGCGCUGAGACAUUUGGAUUUCUGUGCCCAUGACAUUUGCAGGUUUUCACUUUCUACAAUAUAUAAUGGCUAAUGAGCCUGAGAACAACACAGGUUUGGUUUUACUGGAUAAAAUCAAACUAUUUAGAAUUGUAACAUGUAUUUUACUUCAUUAAAAUCUGAUUAUAAGACAACAAUUCAAGGUUCAUUUUCUGGACUUUUACUGAUUAUCUACUGGUUCAGGAUGAUGGAAGAUGUAGUCCAAAAUAUCUUGAGGGACCAGUUUGAUGUUGGUUUUUCUAGGCACAUUUUUAAAGAGGUGAGAGGUGUUUUUUUUUACUAUGUCUGAUUUUGUUACUGGUUAUGUUAAAUUAUUGUAGGCUCUUGGAAAGUUUCAGAAAGCUUGGGCCCAGUUUUCAGCAGUUCUUUAUAUCGAUCCCAAGUGUCACAUUGCUUAUGAUGGGCGAGCUGUAGUCUCUCUUCAGAUGGGCGAUACCUUUGCUGCCUUUCAAGAUACAAAUGCUGCACUCAAGGUAAAUAUUUGAUCUGUUACUGAUCAUUUGCAGUGUCCUUCCUUGCUUGUAAUUUAUACCCUUCAUGUAAACUCUGUCUUUCCACAGUAUCUCCAAUUUGCUUAUAAUUUGCUCCUUAUCUUUGACAGUUACUCAUAUGCACUCAGCCUUUCACAGGCUGGCAUACAAGACAUGUAUGUGAUGGUUUGCGUGUCCCGAUUUCCCCAGGUUCUCAGGGCAAUUCUGCAACAUUCUUUUUACUUCUCAUGUGAGAGAAAGUUGACUCCUCUCUCUUAAGUUAGUUUUCUUAAGUGCAGCUGCCACAGCAUUUCAUAGUGCCCAUUACCAUUUCAUGCUGUAAAAGGCAAGAGGGGCAGAGAGAGUGGAGGAGGAGGGCUUCAGGGAUAUCAUAGUUGCCAGGGAGAGGGUCUUGGUGAAGAUCAGUGUCCACCUUUAGGAAGAGGGAAACAUUCCCUUAGAAGGGAUCCAUUCCUUGGGGGAGAAACAUCUAUCCUCUUGUGCCAAAGAUACUUCUCUGGUGGGUGGGUGGAUUGCAGCAGUGGGUGAUAUAUGAUUUUUAAGAAUAUAGAUAAUUGUGGACAGUGCUUUUUUCUGGGGGGAUGCAGGGGUACGCAUACCCCUAAACAUCUUGUGAAUCUAAGUUUGGCCUCAUUGAGGGGCGGUAUUUCAAGAUGCGUAGGAAAAUGAGAGUACCCCUAAACAUUUUUUAAAGAAAAAAGCACUGAUUGUGGAUGUGGUGGGCAUGCAGACCACAGGGUGAAUUGCCUGCAUGGCAUGAAGGUUGCACAGAUUUUGCCAGUUGUCUAGAUAGCAUGGUAGAUAGUGCUGGGGAAGAGUCAGUGGUCACGGUGCAUGUAGGCACCAAUGACAUGGGGAAAUGUUAUGCCAGUCAUGGCUAUUAGCCAUUUCAACAAUUUACUCUGUGCAUGGGUGGGUUUCCAAGUUUAGUUUGCACUUCUAAGUUCAUUCUCAUGCAUAUAUCUACUCUGCUGCUGCGUAUAAACAUCUCCGCUUUUAGAUCAUAAUUUGAAGGUAACUGUCAAGAUCAAGAUAUUACUGUCUAUUUCUAACAACUAUGUUCUUUAUGAGUUCUAUUCCUACAAUUUUAUUUAUGUUGACUAUAUUUCAGGUAACUACAAGUGCAGAGCUGCUUACUAAUCGAGGUGUCAUUAACCAGUUUAUGGGAUAUUUAAACUGUGCCAUGAAAGAUUAUCAGCAAGCUAUCUCCAUUGACCCCAGCUAUGCUUUGGCAUAUUUCAAUGCAGCAAAUAUCUACUUUAACAACAGGCAGUUUUCACAGGUCUGUAUUUGAUUCUGUGCAUGCUAAUCUUCUUGAAUUCUUUUCCUUGGAAUGGUUUGCUUGCAUGAUUUCAGUUAGUAGAAGAUUUUUUAGCACAAUCCUUAAAAAGCAUUUUCAUCUUAAAGCUCAAGGAUGGGUGACUCACAUCCUGAUUUUCCAGACUGACUGGAAAGGUCACUGUACAAGUUUUGGGGUGGAGGCAGAAGGGAGAACUAUGCUAGAGUCUAAGGCCCUUUCCCCAUAUGGCAGUACUGUGAGGUACUGGGCAGUUGCUUGCCCUACAGCAGUGCUCUGUCUACUGAUCUGUCAACAACACCAAUAUCAACAGCAAGCGUAGGAGGAACUAGCAAUUGCAAGGCUGCAGGAUCGUGUAUCUGCUUAGAUGUGUUCAUACCACCCAUUGGGAUUUAUGUACACAGUACUUAGGGAUGCAGGUGGCACUGUGGUCUAAACCACAGAGCCUAGGGCUUGCCGAUCGGCGGUUCAAAUCCGCGCGAGAGGGUGAGCUCCCGUUGUUCAGUCCCAGCUCCUGCCCACCUAGCAGUUCGAAAGCAUGUUAAAGUGCAAGUAGAUAAAUAGGUACCACUCCAACGGGAAGGUAAAUGGCGUUUCCGUGCACUGCUCUGGUUCGCCAGAAGCGGCUUAGUCAUGCUGGCCACAUGACCCAGAAGCUGUCUGCGGACAAACGCCGGCUCCCUUGGCCUAUAGAGUGAAAUGAGUGCCGCAACCCCAGAGUCAUUCGCUACUGGACCUUACGGUCGUGGUACCUUUACCUUUUUAUUACACAGUACUUAAAAUUUUGCAUGCCCGAACUAGCUGUUUUUGUGACAAAAAAUGCCAUUCCCAGAUAUUAAAUGAAUAUACUCUACCUCUGUAGCUAUAAUUAGCGUUUUACAAGUUAGAAAUGACAGCUGAUAAAGUUCCUCUAAUAUAUAACUUUGUAAUAGAGCAUGGGACAAAUAGAAUGCUAGUUAUCAGAAUUUCUUAUGAAAUGUUCUUUACUGUUCUUUAUUUUAAAUUUCCAAAAAAUCAUGAGAAUUUGAGCAAACUUCUGAUCCACUGAGUAACGUAGUAACCAAAUAUAUCAGAAUGCAUUGUAGAUAGCAAUGCAUUUUUGCAAGCAUUAUUGUAGGACCAACCCUGUUAAGUAAUGUUUAUGUAUUAUAUAAUCCCCAUGCAAAGGGGAAGGCAGGCUUUAGAAGGAAAGGCAGCCCUUUCCAGCAUUCAUACGGUCUACUGCUUACCACCAUUGCUACUGUUGACUUUCCUUCUUCUCCAAAAAGGCAAUUUGUGCACGUCAGCAUUGAUAUAGAUGCAGCAGGUGAAACUGAUAGUCCUUUUCUCUAUGUGUUUUUCUGGAACUCCAGAAAAGUUCACUGCUGAAAAGGAAUAAUAAUUAUUUUUUGUCAUCAAAAGUACUGCCAAUGGAUUAUUUGUUUGUUUCUUGAAUUUAUUAAUUGCUUCACAUUUAAGCAGUUUUGAAGUGAUAUACUACAAAAACCUUUUACAAAAUGACCACACGUGAAAUAAUUUUGAGAACAUACCAAAAGCAAUACAGUGGUACCUUGGGUUAAGAAGUUAAUUCGUUCUGGAGGUCUGUUCUUAACCUGAAACUGUUCUUAACCUGAAGCACCACUUUAGCUAAUGGGGCCUCCCACUGCUGCCACGCCGCCGCUGCAUGAUUUCUGCUCUCAUCCUGAAGCAAAGUUCUUAACCCGAGGUAAUAUUUCUGGGUUAGCGGAGUCUGUAACCUGAAGCAUAUGUAACCCGAGUUACCACUGUGUAAAAUACAGUUCUGUUAUUGGCAGUAGUCAUAGCUCGGAUCAAACAGACUAUUCCUUUGCCCCAGGUGAAGCAAUAGUACUGCAGUCAGUUCACACCUGAUACUACUAUUCUGCAGCUGUAGUGGAAGUUUAAAGUGUAGGGGGUAUGGUUUCUGGGGUAUGGUUUCUGUUUGUUAGUAUGAUACACAUUUUUGUGUUUUAUAUUGUAAACCUACCUGUGAUCUUUGGAUGAAGGGCAGUAUAGAAAUUUAAUAAACAACAACAACAAAGUUUUGCAGUAAAUCAACAACUGAAAAAAAAUGGGAUGGCAGAGAAAACAACAAAAUACAAUUGUUUGGAAUAACGUUUGUCUGAAUGAAUGAAUGAGCAAAUUGUGCAAUUACUGGAGAAAACUACUAGACUGGAAUACAACCAGGCUUCCCUAAAACAAAAUUCUUCAUUCAUUUCUCAUGUUGUUGUUAGUGAUUUUAUAAAACAAAAGUAAUAAGCAAUUUCAAAAUGCAUAUACAUUUUAUUUAUUUUUUUAGGCAAAUAACUAUUAUUCCAAGGCACUGAUGCUUGAUCCAACAAAUGAAUCUGCAUUCCUAAAUCGAGCUAUUACAAAUACACUGUUAAAGAAAUUUGAAGACGCAAAAGCAGAUUUUGAGCAGGCAAUUUGCCUUUCUCCUUUCUCGGCAGCAAUAUAUUUUAACAAGGCAAAUCUCUACAGUACAUUGCAGGAAUAUGAGCAAGCUGAGGAAGCCAUUUCAAAAGGUAAAAAUACUCAGAGAUACACAGAGAGAGAGAGAGAGAGAGAGAGAGAGAGAGAGAGAGAGCACCACUGUAGUUUAUGUACCUUCCUCUUCUUUUAAAAAUGCAUUGCAAAACUUCAAAAUGGUCUGUUAAAUGAUCUUUCUGAUCCCAAUUGUCAGAACUAUACAGCCCCCAAAAUGCUGCAUGAAUUAGGGAGUGUAAACUUUCAAUCUAGAUGUGUCUGGACAAUCAUGCAUAGUUGGUCAACAGUAUGAGACUUGAAUUGUGUUUGGAGGUGGGCAAACUGCUUUUUAGCGUCUCCUCUUUCUUCUUGUGAUGUCACACUGGACCCAGGUAGGUUUAGCUCCCCCUAGUGCUUUUUCCCAGCUCUGAUCCUGGAAGGGACCCCAAGGUACAUUCCUGCCUUUCACUUGAGGCGGCAGCAAAAGAAAUUAUCUGCAUUUUGAACCUAUGAGACAGACUGAAUCUCAAAAUAGAAUAAAUUAAUAUUUAGGCUAUCUUGUCUGGACUUGUUUCUGAGUAGAUAUGAAGAUGAUUGCACAAUAAACUUUCUGUAUCCAAGUUAUGCAAGCACUUUCAGAUGAAUAUUAGCAUAUCAUUCUUAUUUACUCUGAGAAAUCGCUAAUAACAAUGCUAACUUCUUACAGCACUGUCAAUUCAGCCGUAUGAUUCCCUGAUGUUUAAACUCAGAGCUGAUAUUCGUGGCAAGAUGGGUUUAAUGAAAGAAGCUAUUGCUGAUUACAAGAAAGCUAUCAGUAUCCAGGAACUUAUCAGUGGGUGAAAAUAUAUUUUUGGUGUAGAGUAACACGAUCGCCUGUAUUAGUUACUUUUCCAGUUUAUGUUGAAUACCAUUUAUCUUUUGUUACUGUAUAUACUGUUUAUACUAAUGUAUUGGUUGCAAAUUAUCUUAAAUUUUAACUGUGAAUGUCUGUACAUAUUUUAUUUACAUAACUGAAUAGGAAAGAUUAAAUGAAAAGAACAAUGAAAACAAUCACUUGACUAUAAUAAAGAAAAAAGCAGUUGACUUAUUAGAGAAAUGUAAAUGAUAACAUCUUUGUUUCUCCAUUUUUAAGGACUAGAUUUGCUGAAACUUCUUUAGCUGAUUUUCCCUCUUAUUUAAUCAAUAUGUGAAUACUCAAAGUAUAAUAUGGAUAAAGCCGAAUACAAAUAAGCAGCUAUAAUAAAAUGGUGGUUUGUUAAGU